AUAUAUAGAGAGAAGCGUAGGGUUCAAUAGAAAUGUGAGUCUUUUUUUCUGGGGUUUUUUCUCCUUCUUCGUUCGAUCGGAUUUGCAGUCUGGAUUUGCGAUUUUCCUCUAGUGCUCUGCUAGACGCAGGACGUCAGCCAGCACCGGUUGGUUGUGAAAAGCCCGAACUGAUUUCUUUUUCCUACUCCCCAUUAUUUUGGCUUAAUAAUGGCCAAAAGGAGCUCUUUGUUCAUUCGAAUAGUGGAAGGGAAAAAUCUACCAGCCAAAGACAUGUGAGUAAAACAAGCAAGCAAGCAAGCUAAGCUUUCCUUCCUCAUUAUCCACCGCUUGUGAUUGUUGUUGUUGUUAUUUGAUCUGUUAUUUAUCAAACCCCAGUUCUUUGUUGCUGACGAAGCUAGUGGCGGUGUGUUUGUGAUCCUCUGUAUGCUUUACUUAGAAGUUCCACUGAUCGCAAUGUUUUUUGGUAAGUGUGUGCAAGAUUGUAGGCGUCGAGCUGCAUCCAACUGAAACCUACUCGGAGUAGACCCACUGACGAGACCUAUGUAUGUCCAUUAAUUCCAGUGUUCUGUGAGUAUGACUAAUGCUGGAUACGGCCCCUUCCCUCUUGCAGAUCAACACCAUACAUUUAAAGCAUAUCUGUUGCACAUUCAAAGCGCAUAACAUUCCCCAGUGGAUUUUGGGAGCUGUAAUUUGUUAAGGGCGCUGGGAAUUGUAGCUCAGGGAGGGGGCAGCUACAGUUCUCCGGAUUCUUUGGAGGAAUCCAUGCGCUUUUAAUGUGCGUUGAAUUUGCUGUAAAUGUAUUGUGUGGGUCUGCCCUUUGCCUCUCUAUUGUAUGUUAAGACUUUUGUAGCUUUUAAAAAAUAAUUGUGAAAUAAGUUUCUCUUUCUCAGUUGGUCAGCUGGUGUUUAAAAACAUAUUGCAGAAGCUUUCCUGCUUCCUCUUUUGGGGCUGAAAAGCAAAAUCUGUACACUCUGAUUCUAGGGACAGGGUUUGUUUUCCCCCCUCCUGAAAAAUCUAGCUUUGCCUUCCCCAGUCUGGUGCCUUCCCAACGUUGUGUCACCCAAAACAUCUGGAAGGUACCUGGUAUGUGACGGCAGAUCUAGCCUGAGGAAGCUUACUUAUUACCAUUUAAUUAAAACACACGCUUGAUUGUCAGCCCCUAGCCAACACCUUGUCCUCAUUUCAAGCGCGUUAAUUUCUUUCUGUGAGACCAAAAAACGCCACUAACUGCAUGUUUUCCUAUUCUGUAACAAUAAGAAAUCAAUUUUGAGGAAGAGGUACAUCCUAUCUCCCACAAACACAGUUGUAUUCCCACACCCACUCUACCCUGUCUGCCAAGCCAGCCUCAUCUUACAUGGCCAAAUAUGUUCAUAACAUUCUUAUUUAUUUUUUAUUUGCUGUCUGACACUGAAUUGUUAUAGAUUCCGGAGGGGUGGUUGUAUCAGUCAGCGGCAGCAAAACUGGCAAUGAGUCCGUGGCUCUGUUGAAUGGCUCAUCAUGGCAUAAGCUUCUUCUGCCUGAUGAUGCCACAUACAGAGUUAUUACAGGCACGUUUCUGAAGCAAUUCCCAGUCUCUGCAUGAAAGUUGAGUUUAAGACGUAAACUCCAUUGGCAUGACAAAAGGACAGCACAACAUUCAAUGCACCUAAAAAUAGCAAAAUGGCCUGAUCGCUGUUAAAACGUAUUUUCCUCCCUCGCUCUCUCUUUCUCAAAUCGGGGCUUAAAUUGUGCCAGAUUUCAUGCCAAAGCUUAGGCUCUGGAAUCUGUUUCGACACCGGAGCUAAGAGCCGCUGUCACCUCUCUUUGGAAAUCCUUAAUCCAGCACUGUGCAGGAUAAACAUGAUUCUGAUGAAAUGAGAGUGGAGAAGAAAUAGGAAGCAGAUAAAAAAAAUCUGCCUGGCCAUAGGGGGACAAACACUGCAAACUCUUAAUUGAUUUGUAUUAUAGCAAGAUCCCCAUUUGCCCAUCGCUUUGAAAUCUACCCUGAAAUGUUUUGGGGUUUUUUGUCCUUUCCCAGGGAUCUUUCCAAUGUAUUCCUCUGCAGGAAAAAUAUUGCAUUGGGACUGGCUUGCCAGGAUGUUGUAGAAAAGAUAGGCGUUCUGUUAAAUGACAGGAGUAAAAGGUAAAGGGACCCCUGACCAUUAGGUCCAGUUGUGUCCGACUCUGGGGUUGCAGCGCUCAUCUCGCUUUAUUGGCCGAUGGAGCCGGCGUACAGCUUCCGGGUCAUGUGGCCAGCAUGACUAAGGUGCUUCUGGCGAACCAGAGCAGCGCACGGAAAUGCCGUUUACCUUCCCACCGGAGCAGUACCUAUUUAUCUACUUGCACUUUGACGUGCUUUCGAACUGCUAGGUUGGCAGGAGCAGGGACCGAGCCCCGUUGCGGGGAUUCAAACUGCAGACCUUCUGAUCGGCAAGCCCUAGGCUCUGUGGUUUAACCCACAGCGCCACCUGCGACAGGAGUAGAAAUUUUGAAAACGAAAACAGUUUUUAAUACCAAGGGCAGAAUAAAGUUGCUUCACUUUAUUCCUGCAACAAUCCUGUGAAGUAUGUUAGCAGGACCUGUUAACUUAAUAUCUUUGCAGGAGCCUUAUUGAAAGCGUCCUGGGUCCCAAAACUACUAUGCUUUCGCCUGCCCUUCUGACAUGCUUGCCUCACUUGGAACGACUGCCCAAUGGUUUAAAAAAACCCCUUUAGAAUCAAAAUGGAAAUGGGCUUCACAAAGAAAUCAUCCUCACUGACCGCUGUUGGACUAGUAAAGAACUUGGCAAGAGUGCUUCUGAGAGUACAAAGGACUUAAUGUAUCUCUUUUGAUCAUUUCUCAGUUCUGUUUAGAGCAGUUCUGUAAGAUGGGCAUGGAUUACCCCCAAAGUUCAGGUUUUGGCAAGUAGGGGGCAGAAAGAUGAAGGAUUGCCUAAGACCUGCUAUUCCUUGCAUGGCUAUUCAGCAGAGAGCUUGCUGUUCAACAAGGCGAGCCUAUUUUUAGGAUUUCAGUGAUUUACAGCAAAGUUCUGAAGUAAGGUCUUGAAUGUGAAGUCUUCUUAAAAACUCCCAGAAAGCAGGUUCCUGAUGCAUAUAGUUAGUGCUUUUUUUCUGGGGGGGACGCAGACCCCUAAACAUUUUGUGACUAUGUUUGGCCUGAUUGAGGGACAGUAUUUCAAUAUGAGUAGGAAAACGAGAGUACCCCUAAACAUUUUUUUUAGAAAAAAAGCACAUGUACAUAAACUGUAUGUGGGUAAAAUUUGCAUGUAUAACCAUGCACAAGUUAUGCGCAAGAGAACCCUGCUUUUUGAAGUGUCUCCAGUCACGCACAGAAUUUGUUUGCACAAAGUCUUCAUGCUCUACGUGUAAAGGGGGGGGGUAGUGUGCACUAGGCCUCUGCUCUCUCUGUGUGCAAUAUGUAUACAUCAUGCACAUACAACUCUCAAUGUGCACCCCAUCAUUUGAUGGUAUUUUUGUCACAUACAUUUAAAGCACUGGUCACCACUUUAAGCUGUCAUUUCUUCCCCCAAAGAAUUAUGGGAGCUGUAGUUUAUUAACGGUACUGAGAGCUAUUAGGAGACCCAUAUACAGUGGUACCUCGGGUUACAGAUGCUGCAGGUUACAGACUCCGCUAACCCAGAAAUGGUACCUCGAGUUAAGAACUUUGCUUCAGGAUGAGAACAGAAAUCGCGUGGUGCAGCGGCAGCGGGAGGCCCCAUUAGCUAAAGUGGUACCUCAGGUUAAGAACAAUUUCAGGUUAAGAAUGGACCUCCAGAACGAAUUCUUAAUGUGAGGUACCACUGUAUUCCCCUCCCAUAGCUACAAUGCCGGAGUGGUUUAACAGCCGGUUCUUUGCAGGAACCUCCAAAACUUGUUGCUCUGUAAGAGUGAAUAGAGUCCUCCUAGACAUGAAUUACGUGAAUGUGGCCUUAGUGCUUUAUGGAAGGCCUUGGGGCAAUCUCAGGGUGGAGAAGCUAAAUCUUCUAAAGAAAGCAUUGCAAUACAAUUAAAAAAACUCUAUGCAGAUGUUUGCAAGGACAGUAUGGAGAGGAACAAGAAAGGCAAUAUCCUUUGAUGCAAACUUUCUGAAAUCUCUGAACUUAAACUCCCUUCUGAGAAAGAGUUGUCGUUUCCUUUGCUUGCGAGCUUGGCUUGCAAUUAUAAUGUGGUUUUGAUCCAAAACAAAAUGGGUUACUUCCUAUACCUUAAGAGGCAGGUGGUUGGUGCAGAAUGUCUUCCCCUUCACAAUUGCAGCCAGCUCUUAAGUGUGCUUGCCUCCAAGGUGGCCUAGAUUUGCUGACAACAUUGUGCUAGAAAGUAGAAGCCUGUUUAAACCUUUCCUUAUCAUACUGAUCUUCACCCAAGUGAAGGGAAACAUUGUAGGGGGGACCCUGCAGUUUGAGGAAAUGGCUUCUCCUCCCUCCACCUUAACAGAGACUUGGGCCACAUUCACACUAUAUAUUUAAACCAUUAUCAUACCAGUCAUGGCUUUCCCCAAAGAAUCUGGGGAGGGUCUGAGAGCUGUUAGGAGACCCCCAACCCCACAUUUAAAGGGGAUGGGGAAGGCCAGAUAACAUGGGGGUUGGGGAGGAUGUUGUGUGGAUGCCCCUACAUUAAUGGGAGGGGGAGAGGCAGGUGCAAAACUACAGCCUGUUCUUUGUGUGUGGACAAGCCCAGAUUUCUCAUGUGCAAGGUCUUUGGUCUGGCAAUCACUUAUUUAGAUCCUUCUGUUAUUGUGUGUCUCUUGAACCCUUUUUCUGGCGGCUUCCCUUCGCCGUGCUCCCCUGGUAUCAGGAGCAGCUGAUGAAAUAAGAAACAAGUCGAAAGGGUAGGAGGCCUCCCUUCUCUCCUCUCUCAGCUUCUCCUCCCCCCCCCCCCCCCAGUUCAUGAAUGCCCCAGGUCAACUCCCUCCAUUGUAGUCUUCUGUGACAGCUGAAAAGGCUAGUCCAUUAAUAUAUUAAAAUGAGAACUUUUCUCUGGAAAUGUCAUGGUGCCCUGUGAACUGGAUGAGAGCCCAGGCAAUCCCCAGCUAUUUUGGGGGCCCUUCCCAGCUACACUAAGCUUUUUCUUCUUCUCUGCCCUCUAUUACUGUGUGUUGGGCCGAGGCCUACAGAGCUUAGAUAGUGGAGACAUAGGGAGCCAGUAUUUACAUUCAAGAAGGGCAGAGCGGUACAGCCUUUCCAGGAGGGUACCACUUCAGACUUUUAGGGGUGUGUGAUUGAUAAUAUUGCAUUUAUAUCCCACCCUUUCCUCCAAGGUGGCAUAGAAUUGUAGAGUUGGAAGGGACCCCGCUGCAAUGCAGGAAUCUCAGCUAAAGUAUCCAUGACAGAUGGCCAUCCAACCUCUACUGGAAAACCUCCAAGGAAGGAGAGUCCACCACCUUCCGAGGGAGUCCGUUCCACUGUCAGACACCUCUUACUGCCAGAAAGUUCUUCCUGAUGUUUAGUCUGAAGCUCCUUUCUUGUAACUUGAAUCCACUGGAUCGAGUCCUACACGUUUGAGCAGGAAAAAAACAAGCUUGCUCCAUAUUCCAUGUGGCAGCCCUUUGAGAUAUUUGAAGGUGGUGUACACGGUUCUCCUCCUGCUCCUUUAAUCCCCACAACAGCCCUGUGAGGUAGGUUAAGCUGAGAGGCAGCGACUGGCCUCCAAGGUCCCCCAGUGAGCUUCAUGGCUGAGCCCCGCUCUCUCCCAGGUGCUAGUCUGACAUGCUAACUCAGGCAUAGGCAAACUCUGGCCCUCCAGAUGUUUGAGACUACAAUUCCCAUCAUCUCUGACCACUGGUCCUGUUAGCUAGGGAUGAUGAGAAUUGUAGUCCCAAACAUCUGGAGGGCCGGAGUUUCCCUAUGCCUGUGCUAACUACUAUACCACACUGGCUCCCUUGGGCCAGGGAGGCGGGGGGGAUCCAUUUUGGAGCUUAGGAAGUUCGUCUCUGGUACCAAAAAGGGUGCAGCUUCCCUCCCCAAAGCAAAUAGAUGGCUUUCCUUCAGGAUCACAACAGGAGAAGGGAAAGGUUCAAUUCUGCCCCACUCCACCCCCCUGCACUUGUUCUGACCCUGUUACUUAUUGGGAUUCCUCUGCCAACAUACAGUUAUGCUUUAAAAACAACCUUCUCGCCCUCUCAGUGGUGGCUGGUAUCUAGGUAGGACAGAAGGCAGAGUCACCUCCGAUUGGUUGUAAGCAAGAAGUCAGACAGGUGGGAGCUGGUUGAGGGCAGGCCAAGGUUGGCGGGACAGUGCCUUACUUGCCAUCAUUGACCAGCCUUCGCUACAUGUGCCGUUAGAUGCAUCUUGUGUGGAAACUACUCUAUGCUCAGUCAGUUGAGCAUGAGACAUAAUCUCAGGUUCGUGGGUUUGAGCCCCACAUUGGGCAAACGAUUCCUGCAUUGCAGGGGGUUGGACUACUAAAUGAUGCUUGUGGUCCCUUCCGAUUCUAUGAGGCUAGAAUUGGAUUUGCAGCAACUGUGAGCCCCAUUUGGAAGAUGGAGGGAGCUAAAGAUGCAAGGAGGGGCCUGCUGAGGGAGGGGAAGAUGGGAAAUCAUGGUGACAAAUCACUCUUGGUAUAUUUAUGUGGCCAUCUAACUUAUUUUAAAAAAUUAAACUGCAGUUAUGCACCUAAUACUCUUGAAAUGUUAUAGUCGGCUUACAGCUAGUCCUAAUAGAAAUAGAUUGCAGCCUCAGGAGAGAUGCACUUUGACAGCCCUUACUCAAGACAACAAAUACAUGCAUGCAGUCCUGGUCUGUGGCCUUCAUUCUUUCAUGACUGCCAUGUUUACAAAACAAAACCUCAGAAGGUUGAAGUGUGAUGGUGAUGAUGAUGAUGAUGAUGAUUGAUUGAUUGAUUGAUUACCUGCCCUUCACCGUAAGAUCCCAGGGUGAGUUACAGCAAUUUAAGGUAAAGGUAAAGGGAACCCUGACCAUUAGGUCCAGUCGUGACCGACUCUGGGGUUGCGGCGCUCAUCUCGCUUUAUUGGCCGAGGGAGCCGGCGUACAGCUUCCGGGUCAUGUGGCCAGCAUGAUUAAGCUGCUUCUGGCAAACCAGAGCAGCGCACAGAAAUGCCGUUUACCUUUCCGCUGGAGCGGUACCUAUUUAUCUACUUGCACUUUGAUUUGCUUUCGAACUGCUAGGUUGGCAGGAGCAGGGACCCAGCAACGGGAGCUCACGCCGUCGUGGGGAUUCAAACUGCCAACCUUCUGAUCAGCAAGUCCUAGGCUCUGUGGUUUAACCCACAGUGCCACCUGCGUCCCUACACAGCAAUUUAAACUUCCCUAUUAAAGGCAGUUUACAAGAAGUUGCAAUCACAGGAAUGGGGUGGGACCAGAAAAAAAUAUAUUGUGUGUCAAAGGCCAUGGCAAAAAGGUGUAUCUUCCUGGAUUGUACCAUCUUUGACUGCCAGGGACAACUCUUUUUAAUGUUUCUUUGCUCCAUUAACAUUUUUUAAAGUGACAAGAGGCUCUAUAUCUCUUGGUGCACACCUUGUGACCAGAACAUCCUUGUCAGUGAAACCUUUAUUUCCUUGCCUGCUGUCUUAAUUGCGUUGGUUGGUUUUAUUGUGGGAUUGUUUUUAGCUAAUAAUAAUAAUGGAUGCUACAGACUAACCUCCUUCCUGUCAUGCUGAUAUUUUAUGUUCAGGAAGUACUGUGUUUCGAAAAGGAUUUCUGCCACUUCAUGUAAUGUUGGGGUUUUUUGUUUGUUUUUUAAAGGUUAACUGUAAUCUGUCAAAAAGUUGGCAUGAGUUUUCGAUUUGCAAAGCUUGUUUUUUUUUAUAAAAAAAGUACUGUGUUUUGGGUGGGAAGGCAUUAUCAUUCUUCCUUUCAGGAUUAGGCACACUGAAAGCUGUCUUUCAAUGUCCAACUCUUGGUCCACCUAGCUCAAUACUGUCCAUUGCAGUGGUGGGAAGCCUGUGUCCCUCCAGAUCUUCUUAGGCUGUCCAAGUCCCAUCAUAGGAUUGUAGAGCUGGAAGGAAUCACAGCUAAAGCAUUCAUGGCAGAUGGCCAUCAAACCCUCUGCUUACAAAUCUUAAAUGAAGGAGAGUCCCUCACCUUCCGAGGGAGUCUGUUCAACUGCCGAACAGGUCGUACCAUCAGAAAGUGCUUCCUAAUGUUUAGCUGGAAUGCUGUUUAUUGAUUAUAGCUCUGCUUUUAAUACCAUCCUUCCGGACAUUCUUAUUAAAAAGCUGAUGGACCUGGACCUUUCCCCUACCACCUGCGAUUGGAUUAAAGUCUUUCUGAGGGAUCGCACACAAAUAGUGAGGAUUGGGCCUGUUACAUCUACCUCUCUGAAGCUCAGCACUGGCACCCCAUAGGGAUGCGUGCUGAGUCCCUACCUGUGCUCGUUGUAUACAUAUGACUGCAUUUCAUCUGAUCCAUCUUGCAAUUAUUAAGCUGCAGAUUAUACCACCAUAAUGGGUCUAAUUACAGGUGGAUAUAAAUCAGCGUAUAGGGAGGAGGUUCAAAAAGUCUCCACAUGGUGCCUAGAGAACAACUUGCACCUAAAUAUCAGCAAGACAAAGGAGAUGGUGUUGGGCUUUCGGAGGAAGAGAGGGGAAUUAGCCCCGUUGUAUAUCAGGGGUCUGUGUGUAGAGAGAGUCUCUUCCUUUAAAUUCCUGGGAGUUUACCUUAGUGAAGACCUCACUUGGAAAAUCAAUACAACCCAGGUGGUUAGGAAGGCCCAACAGAGACUCCAUUUCCUCAGGGUCUUGCGAAAGAACCAUGUCAAACAAAAACUGAUGAUCUCCUUCUACCGGGUCACAAUAGAAAGUGUCCUUUCAUACUGUAUAACAGUGUGGUACGCUGGUUUGACAGCCACGGACAGGAAGUCCCUACAGAGGGUGGCGAAUACAGCACAUGACAUCAUGGGUUGUCCUCGGAGUUCGCUAGAUGACAUCGCGGGAGACCGCUGCCUCAGGAAAGCGAGGAAAAUUAUUAGGGAUGACUCACACCCUGGCCAACACUUCUUUACUCUCCUACCUUUGGGCAGGAGAUACAGAAGUAUAGUCAGCCGCACCAACAGGUUAAAGAACAAUUUUUAUCUGUGGGCUGUUGGGCUGCUGAAUGGGAAAAAAAUAGUGGUGUAAUUGACUUCUGACAAGCACACAGAGCAUGAACAAGACUGAGUGUAUGGGGGGUGGGGCUUGUUUAAUUUCACUGCACAUAGGUGGUGUAGUGACAAUAAAGGUUUAUUAUUAUUAUUAUUAUUAUUAUUAUUAUUAUACCUGAACCUGGAACCUUUUGCAUGCAAGGCUGGGGACAUCAGGCUAAGUUCCAAAACAACUGCAAACAACGAAUUGCUGCAUACCUUCGACAUUAUGGAAGGACUGAUGAAGCCCCAAACUCACAAUACAUUUUCUAGCGCUGAGCCUGCUGAAGCUAGGAUGAGAAAUUGGCUUGGAGCCCUGGUCGUCUCUAUAAAGACAUCCCUGUGAAAAUCCUGCUCUAGAGCAGGCAGCCCAAACGGUGGUGUGCUCAGGGGCUCUAUGGAAAGUCUGGGAAGGACAGAAGGAAGGACGGCUGCAAAUGGUAGAGCUCAGUGGCUGCUCUGUCCUUCUGAGAACUUGUGAUUCACCUGCAAGGUGAGCAUGACGGACCAGAAUUGGUGGGGAGAGGAGGCACUUGAAAGGACUAGGAAGGAUUAGGAUAUGAAAGAUGGAGAAGGAGGAAGCAGAUAAAGAACACGGAUGAAGGAAGCAAUAAAAAUAAAAUUGAAAAUCUGGCACGCAGUGCCACUGCAACAGGAAGUAAAAUCAUGAUGUGGUCUGUCUGGACCCUCUUUAAUUUUUAAGCAGUUGAUGGGUGAGGUGUGGGAAGCUUGAGUAAUAUAAGUACCAAGACAGUUCCCUGCCCCAAGCAGCUUACAAUCUAUGCAGUUAGGUAUUGAGUAGGGUGUCAGCAACUUGACUUCAGUGAAACAAGACAACAGACGGAUCAGGCAAAGGGUUCAAUCCCAGUAUGCUGUGGUGCAGUCAAACCAAGAGGACUCGAAUCAGUCAGCAAACAUAUGUAUUUUGCAGCAUUGCUAAACUUUAUUUUGUGCCUUUAUGGAAAAAAAUGGUUGAAACGUUUUGGCCUCGCCUCUUUCUACUCCUCAUAUUGUGUACAUUUUACAUACCCACUAAAGUUUCCUUGUUCUGGUGACUAAUUUCCCCUUUGAAAAAGAAAACAGAGAACUUCACUUUAGCAACAUAUUAUAGAGGGUCUCUUACCCCUCCCACUCCCCCCCCCCCCCCCCGCGCCAGUGUACCUUUUACUGGAAGGCUCUCCGGGUAAUUGGAAACCUUGUGGAUCUGUCAACAAAGCAUAAAACCUUACAGAGGGAGGAAAUGAUUUUGAGUGUGACCUUUCAAAGCUGUUUAUUCAAUGCUAACAGCCCGGAGACCUCCAGAAGAAAAACAUGUUUUGUUAUGGGUUGAGGAAGUUCUUAGUCUGUACUCAGGAUUGAGGAGAAGAAAAAAGUGGAUUAAAUAUAUCUUUCAGAUGAACAAAUGACGUAGAGAUCCUCUGUUGCAAGCUUCUUUCCCUCUGAAGGCUCAUAGCUGCUUUCCUUUUUUGAUCUCUUUCUAGUAGUAUUUAAGACCGUUAUCACAUUCCUUCCCCGACUCAAUUUUCUUCAAAUGUUUUUAAGAUACCCUCAUCCUCUGUAUGGCACCACACUCAGAAAUCUUUAAGAAGGACAUCUGCUUUAAGCGAAGUUCUUCGAAGGUCAAAUUGUUGGCUUGUAUAAUCAAAGCAUCCAUACCAUUAAACCCUUAAUUAUGUUUAUUUGGAAAGAAAGCCCCUUUGAAUGCAUUAGAACUUACCAUGGGGGGUAUUUGGAGAUUGCAGCCAUGCAUGCGGACUAGAAACUUGGAUAUCUUUCAAAACGAAAAUUGGGAGUUUCAAGAUUUUCUGCUAAGCUGGGGAUGGAACUGUUGUGUUCCUAUGGUUUCUUCCAUAUUUAAGCAAGUAGGUCCUACCUCAGUUGACUUGAUGAAACUGGCAAAGAUUAGGGUUGGUACCAAGUAACUGGGGGACAGUUUGGUUGGUGGGGAGAUGGAAUGCCUGUAGUAAGUUUUCUCACAAAGCUUUCUGAGUCCUCACUUUCUCUGUGUAUGGAAGUGCUCUGUGAGAGAAUGUUCUUGGGUGGAGGCCAAUCUUCUUUGUGGUCCAUUGGAGGAAAAUCUUGAGCCAGGAGCAGACCGGUUAAAAGCCUCAGCCAAAAAUAGUUUUCGUGUGUGUGUAUUUUAUGGUAAAAGAAUGCAUACAACAGAAAUAAGAUUUAAAACAAGGGCCUAUCAAAACAUAAAUGUGAGCACACUCAAAUAGUACAAAGGGCAGAUAUGUUUUGACAUCAAGUCUUCACAGGUGGCCAGAAUUAUGACCAGAUAGUAGGUGGGGGCAGGAAGUUUAAAAUAGUAUCUGAGGAGAAUACAUAUCUUAUUGUGGCUAAAUCUUUAUUCUGACACUCACCAUUAGGCUUAAAAAACAACAUCCUUCAUUUCUAUAAUGGGAUCAAAGUUCAUCAGGAUACAGGAUGUUUGAACCCUACAUAAAAAAAUGGUAACACAAAAAUGCAAAGGAGAACGUUAAAUGCAAACCUUUUUAAAUAAAUAUAUGCAGGUUUGGCCUUCAGUCUCACUCCUGAGUAGGAAUGAGGGAGAAAAUCGAUUCACUUCACAUUUAAAGUUAAGUAUAUCAAAUUUGCACUUUUCAAAGCAACAUGAGAACCAAAAUACAGCCAUCCAUCAAAAUUAGCACACAUCCAAAUUUUGUAAUUCAGUUGCUGAACAAAAGAACGUUUACAAAAACCCACAUAUUUGGGGGGGGGCAUAAAAAUCAAUAUAUUUGUGAAAAUAAUGUCUGAAACUGCAUUGCAUUAGAAGGAACUGCAUGCCAAAAUGUGUUAAUUAGGAUGUAUUCACGCUAACACACUGAAGGAGUUUUCAUUCUGCCACCUACAAUGGGAGCUUUGCUAAGUGUUUUUAAGUGGCAUUCAGGCCCUAUGAACAAUCCUUCUGUCUUUUGCAGCCCUCUCCCCACCAUGUUCUUAAAAUUUCAUAGAAUCAUAGAAUUUUAGAGUUGGAAGGGACCCUAAGGCUCAUCUAGUCCAACCCGCUACAACCCUCUUUUUGUCCAAUGUGAGUCUCGAACCCACAACCCUGAUAUUAAAAGUCUCAUGCUUAUACCAGUGGAGCCGUUUAUCCCACUGUGACUUGGCAAUAACAGCCAGCAGCCAAAUGGUUAAAUGCAGAACUCAGCAGCUGUAAAUCCAGCUCCUGAGAUAUCUCUAUUUCCCCCAUCUCACAGGGCACCCUUUUUUCAUAUUAAAUGGCUGUUUAUUUUUCGGCCUUUAGCUUGCAAAUGAUUAACGAAGGCCAAGGCAGGGAGCUGAAAACAGGAUAAUUCAGGUGUGCAUUCCAUUAUUUGGUCUCCUGCUAUACAGUGCCUCAAGCUGCGCUGAUUAAUGGAGAGUAGAGGAAGGAAUCCAUUUAUGGCACCACCUCAGGCUCUAGCUCGGCCAGGUGUGGUCUCCCCGAUGUCAUAUGCUCUGCCUAAAUGCACGUUGCAAGGAAUCAAAGCAAACAGCAAACAACACCCAGCAUGAGGGCUAGCAUCAUACGGCAUUCAAGGCUACUGAUCACCCAAACUGAACUUACGAUCAAAUGUUGCGCCCCCUGGGCUCACCUGCCCAUCUGACUCAUAUCUCGAGGUGGCAGGAUGCAAUGAAGAGGGCGACCCAUGCACUUUGCAUGCGGCAUCCUUGAGACACGAAGACCACAUUCUUUUGCAGUCCAAGUGGUGUAUAAAUUUUAUGAAAUGUAAUACAGUGGUACCUUGGGUUAAGAACUUAAUUCGUUCUGGAGGUCUGUUCUUAACCUGAAACUGUUCUUAACCUGAAGCACCACUUUAGCUAAUGGGGCCUCCCGCUGCCGCUGCGCCGCCAGAGCAUGAUUUCUGUUCUCAUCCUGAAGCAAAGUUCUUAACCUGAAGCGCUAUUUCUGGAUUAGCGGAUUCUGUAACCUGAAGCGUCUUUAACCCGAGGUACCAAUGUAUUACUACUAGCCACGAUCUGGACCCUGCCCUUUUUUUGUGAAUGCUUCUGAAGAUUGCAUUAGAUCUGUCAGCAGCUCCAUCAGGAUGCCUGCUCAUCUUCUGAUCAACUUAAAGCAUCUUUCUUUGGGUGGCAGGAAGGAAGUGACAAGACAAGAUGACCUCCUUUAACACUGGGAGAAACUUCUAGAAGCCAAGUGGAGGAGCCUGAAAUAGGCAACUCUCUCUCUCUCUCUCUCUCUCUCUCAGCAAACUGACAAUUGCCAUUUCUUUUAACAGAACCAUAGAUUUGUGGCUGUCCAGGCUCCUGCCAAAGCCUUCCUCGUGGCCAUAUGGUCUGUUGUGCCUUAGCUGCAGAAAUGGCCCUCAUGGAACCUGUUCCCAUGGAGGCUGUUUGCUUGCCUUGCAGAGGAAAUGAAGUCCCGCUGGCCUCAGCCACUUAAUGAACCUUUCCCAUAUCUAGCAAGUGCCCAGCAGAUGGCCAAGCGAAUAACUCGGGAGAGGCAAUUCCAAAGUCUCUAAUUUGAUGACAACUUUCUUAUUGACUUACUCUCUGUUUCUGCGCUAAAAGCCUUUACAAUACUCUUUUUAACAGUGCCCAUGUUAAGAUCUCAGCCACUGAUAUGCUUGAUCUCCUGCAGAAGCCUGCCACUGCUUUGAAAAAGAUGUCUGCUAGGAAGAAGGAGCAGAAGCUCACAUUUUGCCAGUAAGCCAGGGGUGAGGAAUUUCAGGCCUGGUCCUGAAUGCAGGACUUCAAGGCCUUCCCAGAUUAGUCCCAGGGAACUGUAGCUCUGUGAAGGGAACAGGAGUCUCCUAAGAACUCUGCACUGUUAACAAACUACAGCUCCCAUAAUUCUUUUAGGGAGAACAUGAUUAUUCAAAGUACUGUAGUGUGUGUUAGGAGAAAUUUUCCUGAAAAUGCUGAAGAAUUUUCAUCAUGAUUCUUCGAAAGAAAAUCCGCAAGUUGGCUGCAGAAAUGUGGAGAAUCGAAUUAAAGCCUGGGGAAAUGAGAAACGGAGAAAACUGAAAUUAACAGAUCUUCCCAUCCUUAAUCCACGAUAACUUCAUAAAAUGUGUACACAAAAGGACUGCACACCCACUGGUACUUUGCAGCUACUCAGCCUUGCAGCCUGCAAUGUGAUAGCAGGAUGACUUGAUGCACGUGCAGAGGGCACCCGAUAUGGGAGACCCUGUGGUAGUGAAUAUCCAAACAGGCUUGAGACCUGGGCAUCUCCCUCUCGUUUUAGAAAUCUGAUAGUGAGAAACACUAUCGGAGCAAGAGGCUCAUUUGACCUUCAGUUGAGACGGUGGCAGAUUGAGCAGGACGGGCCCAAGGGGGCAGUCAGUGAAGCGACGGGAAGGAGGUUAGGUCACAGGUCUCCAAACAUCCAUUCUCUCAGUUCUAUAAAUACAUGGUUUGGUUACUCACUGCAUAAGCUUUGGAGAAGGCCUCUUUAUUGACACUUCGGCAUUCUCUGAAAUCUCUUGUUGGAAAGCCUUUCAACUGGAAUGUAUCCAAAGAUGGAGAGGGACAGAGGUCUGGGAACCCAAGCCCUGUGAGGAGCAUUUGAAAAAGAAAAGCUGAGUGUGUUUAGUGGUAUUGUUGAAGGAGGUAUUGUUAUUUACAUUUAUAUUGCACCUUUCCUCCAUGGAGGCAUUUGUGGUUCUCCUCCCUCUCCGUUUUGUCCAUCCAACAUCCCUGCGAGGUAGUUUAGGCUGAGAGGCUGUGACAGGCCCAAGGUCACCUAGUGAGUUUCGUGGCUGAGUGUGGGGGCUUGUGAACCCCGAUCUCACAGGUCCUAGUUCACAGCAUGGAUGGUAAGAACAUCUGCGUCUGACUCUUAGCAUCUGGAAUAAUGGCAAGGUCCAGUUGUACCCAUUAAUUCAGCAGGGUGGCCUGUCCGUUGCAGGGGAAGCUCUGUGCUUUGUGAUGGGCAGCAAAAGCCACCACCCCCAUUUUUUCCUAACUCCCCAAGGGACUGAGUCCCCUAAGUCAAUUUGGGGUCAAUUUGGGAGAGUCAAAAUGGCUUCAGGAUUGCUCUCCUGAACUAUUUCAGGCACAUGGUUUAUAUACUUAUGUAUCUGUUUGCCUUGUACAUUUUAUGAACAUUCUUUCUAUAUUUGAGACCUUAGAAUUCUUUAUAGCAGCUAUUAGCCCACUUCCAGUCAGGGAAUCGUGGGAAAGGUAUUGAUCUUUGCACUGGGCCCCAAAGCUCCUCAUUGGUUUUAAACAGCUAGUUGUGUUUCCGAAGAGCGGCGCUAGUGAGAAACCCAGACGCCUGCCAUGUUAAUUUGAUCAGGGGCAAGUUAAGCCCUGUCAGCGAGAGCCAGAGUUUGUCUCACACACAGCCUUCACAAGCUUCCCAUGGAAGUCUUCCAUCUUUGCAUAGCUAUAUCGACACCCUGCCUUUGCAGCGCAUCCCUCAAAGAACCCAAAGAGAGAACUGUUGUUAAGGUUAUUGGGAACGAUACUUCUGUGAGGGGCAAACUAUAGUUCCCAUUAUUCUUUUUGGGGAGGUAGGGGGAGUAAUGUUGUUUAAAUAUAUGGUGUGUGUGUGUACAGCUGUAGUUAGCAUAUACAUAUUUCAUGCACAUUUCUGUACUGUCCCACAUAGUAAGCAAGCUGCCUCAGCCUGUACACACAAAACAGUGCUUGCAGGCGCCUUUGGGGGUUUUAAUAUCUCUCAGCAGUCCAUCAAAACAAUCUGAGAAUUACUGCCUUGGACAUUGCCACUGUUCCAAAAUAAAGGUGGCAGCUUAUCUGCCCUUCCUAGUACUUGUCAUCCAAAAGGAAAGCACGCAUAUGUUAAUUCAGCCUUCAGUUUGUUGUUUGUUGUUUUUUAUAUCCAGUUGGUUUCUUUUCCCUUCCUCUUCCUUUGUGCAUAUGUUCUGGAUGAGGCCCCAAGGUUUUAAAAUCCUUUUCCUGGAAGGCAAGUGUCUUGUUUGCCUCUGUGGUCUUUUUUUCACAGCCAGGAUUCCUUUCUGGUUUUUACGUUCAAGCCAAGACGCUUCGAAGGGUCAGAGUUGCACUUAGGCUGUGUACAUACUACUGUUUCCUCUGGCUCCAGUGAGCUCCCACUGCUGGCAUGUGAAACUGAGGACACAUAGCUUUAACGACAAUCCAUAUGUCUUGUCUAGCUUCUUGAGAAAUGUAUGGAAUAUUCAGGGAAACCCGGACAUAUGUUAACCCAUGUUGAGAAUGGAAUUUUUUGGGGGGGGAUUUCCAAAAAAAAAACCAGGUCAGAAAUAAACAAAGCUCAACAACUUUUGUGUCUGGAUUUUCACUCUCUGAAAUAUGGCAGCCCUAAUAUAUAGUAUAAAUACUAGGGGCUGUUCCCCUGUUAGUUCCACUCACAAGCCCUGUUGCCAUUCUGCCUCACAUUAAAUCCCUAAAGCUUUCAGAUCCCACCCCAUGCAACCAGUAAGCUCACUUUUCACCUUCCCAACUCCAUUUCUUUAUUCACAUCCAGUAUUGUGAUCUGGCACUACAAAUCUUCCAAUGGGGGCUGCUUGAUGACAGCCUUAAAUUUUUAUGUAUAUAGGAAGGUAUGCAAAAUAUAUUUAAGAUCACUAAUAAAACAUAUCAUACACACACAGUGCAAUGUGAACAGUUGUUUUAUUUAUUGCCCUCCACAAAUAGGAUCUUUAUGCUUAAACAGCAACAGCGCUUUUCACCUGGCACCUAAAGGUGUAUAAUGAAGGCACCAGGCGAACCUUCCUGGGGAGAGGAUUCCAAAAAUGGGGAGCCACUGCCGAAAAGGCCUUUUCUUGUGUUGCUGCCAUCCGACCUCUCAUGGAGAAGGCACACAAAGGAGGGCCUCGGAUGAUGAUCUCAAGGUUUAGUUAGGUUCAUAUGGAUUUACAAGCUUUAAUGCUUUCAAAUUUAAUAUUUAUUUCGUGAGAGUUUUUUAAACGCCAGCUUUCCAGUGCUGUGGUAGCUAUUAUCCUACUUUAAUUAAGCUCACUUGGGUCAACAUCUUAUAGUUCAUUUCCUGCAGCCUGAUCACAGUAAUAACGUGGGGAUGAUAUUUAUUUAAGGUGAAAAUGAGUCAACAGAGAAAACCUUCGUUAAGCCUAGAAAAUCCACAGUAAACCUUUCGGAUUUAGCUGCAACCUGCUAUGUAAGGGAAAGCAAUGUUCCAAGUGUCCUUGCAGCCACUGGGCAGGUGAGCGACCAGGUCAUGAGCAUAGCCGGGGGGGGGGCAGCUUCCCCCCCAAUAAAUAAAAAUCAAUAAAAAUGCGUGGCAAACUGAGGUUUGCCCCCCCCAAAAAACAAAUGGCCUGCCCCCCGCCCUAACAAAAAUCCUGGCUACAUCCAUGGACCAGGUCCUGGGCUCUCAAAUUAACUUGCAUAGUUUUUCUUGGGGGGGGGGGGGGAGAGAUGCAUAAAAAUGGAGGCUGGUCCAUAAGGGUGAAUGGAGGUCUGCUCUAGCACCCUAAGCAUGCCCCCACCUGCCUGCCUUAUUUAUAUCUGGCCCAAGGCUUGGCACCAGACAUUGGAUUCCUCUUUCGUGGUGUUGGCUCUGUAGAACACAACUAGGAGGAGGAUGGGGACAAACUAGAUUUAGUGGACUCUGGGCCUGUCCAUACCUCUGCUUAACGUAGAUUGCCUCAUGACUCCUUUAAUUCUCCUUUGUCCAUGUGUCGUUGUGGAAUAAAUGAAUGAAAAUGAGUUUUAUUCUUAGGGAAGGUAUGGUGAGGAUGACCAUGCCUGCCUUAAGACCGAUUCUGUGAACAAAGAGGUUCAAAGGAGCCCCAAGGAAGGGCCCCUUUGCAGAACUGUUUCUGCAUGUUUUACAACCUGAGUUGUAAAUGUCUUACAUCCUGAGAUGCUGAGACAAAGCAAACGUUGGACUCAAAAGCUUGACUCCCUAAGAGGCUCUUUUCCUAGCUAAUGUUACAAUUAAGUAAAGAAUGUGUUAGAAUUAGAUUGUUAGCCUUGAAUUUAGAGGUAGCUCGACAUAACAAGGAGAAAUAGCAGAUGAUAGUUUAAGAACUAGUAAAGGUAAAGGGACCCCUGACCAUUAGGUCCAGUCGUGGCCGACUCUGGGGUUACGGCGCUCAUCUCGCUUUACUGGCCGAGGGAGCCGGCGUACAGCUUCCGGGUCAUGUGGCCAGCAUGACUAAGCCGCUUCUGGCGAACCAGAGCAGCGCACGGAAACGCCAUUUACCUUCCCGCCAGAGCAGUACCUAUUUAUCUACUUGCACUUUGACGUGCUUUCGAACUGCUAGGUUGGCAGGAGCAGGAGCAGGGACCGAGCAACAGGAGCUCACCCUGUCGCAGGGAUUCGAACCUCCGACCGUCUGAUCGGCAAGUCCUAGGCUCUGUGGUUUAACCCACAGUGCCACCCGCGUCCCAUAGUUAAGAACUAGUACUGUUGUUCAAAUGCUUCAUGAAUAUUAUAAAACACACCCUUAUUGUAAAAACUGCUAAUUUGAAUGGACAUGGGAUAUAUGUUAUUGCUGGGUGUACAUGUUUAGGAGCAAACAUGAUGUGGGUGGAUCAGGAAGCCUGUAAACUGCAAUUUCUUAACCAAUAGGAAUUGUAGUAGGGAUAUUCGAACGGUCUUAGGGUAUAAAUUAUCUGUGAUGUGAACUGGAAUGUGCAAUCCCCUCUUUCCAGCAUGAGCUGGGGGGUUCUUUGCCCACAGUACCGUGUUGACCAACAAUAAAUCUGCUUCUGCUUGAUCAUGGUGUAGACUCCACCUUUCAAAGAGAAAUUUGAAUAAUACAGUGGUGCCUCGCAAGACGAAAAGAAUCCGUUCUGGGAGUCUCUUCGUCUAGCGGUUUUUUCGUCUUGCGAAGCAAGCCCAUUGAUGGGAUUAGCGGAUUAGCGCUAUUAGCGGCUUUUAGCGGCUUUUAGCGGCUUUUAGCGGCUUUUAGCAGCUUAUCAGCUUAUCGGAUAAGCAGAUAAGCGGCUUAGCGACGUAGAACAAGAGGGGGGUAAGGAAAAAAAAAAGCCAGGAACUCGCAAGACAUUUUCGGCUUGCGAAGCAAGCCCAUAGCAGAUUCGUUUUAUGAGGCACCUCCAAAACGGAAAACUCUUUCGUCUAGCGAGUUUUCCGUCUUGCGAGGCAUGUGUCUUGCGGGGCACCACUGUAAUAAUAAUAAUAAUAAUAAUAAUAAUUUAUUUGUACCCCGCCCAUCUGGCUGGGUUUCCCCAGCCACUCUGGGCGGCUUCCAUAGAAAUCAAAAAACACUAAAAUAUCACACAUUAAAAACUUCCCUGCACAGGGCUGCCUUAAGAUGUCUUCUGAAUGUCAGGUAGUUGUUUAUCUCUUUGACAUCUGAUGGGAGGGCGUUCCACAGGGCGGGCGCCACUACCGAGAAGGCCCUCUGUCUGGUUCCCUGUAGCCUCACUUCUCGCAAUGAGGGAACUGCCAGAAGGCCCUCAGCGCUGGACCUCAGCGUCCGGGCAGAACGAUGGGGGUGGAGACGCUCCUUCAGAUAUACUGGGCCGAGGCCAUUUAGGGCUUUAAAGGUCAACACCAGCACUUUGAAUUGUGCUCGGAAACGUACUGGGAGCCAAUGUAGGUCUUUCAAGACCGGUGUUAUGUGGUCUCGGCGGCCGCCCCCAGUCACCAGUCUAGCUGCCGCAUUCUGGAUUAGUUGUAGUUUCCGAGUCACCUUCAAAGGUAGCCCCACGUAGAGUGCAUUGCAGUAGUCCAAGCGGGCGAUAACUAGAGCAUGCACCACUCUGGCGAGACAGUCCGCGGGCAGGUAGGGUCUCAGCCUGCGUACCAGGUGGAGUUGGUAGACAGCUGCCCUGGAUACAGAAUUGACCUGCGCCUCCAUGGACAGCUGUGAGUCCAAAAUGACUCCCAAAUGAAUCCCUCUGGGAAAGAUCCCUGGAUCAGAUUUGUCCAACUAUCGUUCUCCUCCAUCAGCUGCAGUCCCACAGAUUUUUUCUGCCCUAUAUCCAGAGAUGUAUUAUGCUUUGAAAAUCCAAAUGGGGGAAAAGGGACAUUGAUCGCAUAGGGAAUGUCCAGAUAAUAGGGUAGAGAAAUCUGAAGGGUGGCGGACUUUGCAUUGGGAGGAAAAUAGAGCUUUGAACAUUUCUUUCCCACCAAAUUUGAUACAGGGAAAAAGAGGUCUGUGGUUCACCUCCUUUAGUCCACAGCUUCAUGCCAGCGUGUUGUCCCUCCUAAAUGACCAGAAGCGUGUGUGUGUGUGCGCCUGUGUAAUGAUAUGGGAUUAAAGCAUUAGUUGGCUAAUUGCACUGAUUAAAACCUACAACUGCUUCCCACCCCUGGCAGAAUGUUGUGAGACAGGAUGUGGUGGUGGAGGUGCUGGAAAUCUCUCUAACGUAGAAGAAGGCCGUAACUCAGUGGAAGAACGUCCCCUAUUCCAUCCUUUGCGUCUCCAGGUAGGGCUGAGACCCAGGCAAGCCACUGCCAGUCAGGGCGAACAAAACUGAGCAAGAUGAAACCUUUUCCAGACCCAUGAGGACUAGAAUCUUGAAAAGGUCUUAGGGCUGAAUCUCUGGCAUUUCCCAGGUAAGGCUGGGAGAGACCCAUGCGGGAGACAAUACCAGUGGUCUGACUCUGCAUUAGGCACCGUCUUGUGGUGAAUCAGUGUGUUCUGGGGGUAAUUUGUAUCAUGCUACAGCUGUGGAGAAUCUUUAUUUGUAUUUCCCCCCCUCCUUUUGUCCAGUACAGGCAGCAGUGACCCUUACUGCAUUGUGAAAAUUGACAAUGAAGCCAUUAUCAGGUAAGUGGUGAACAUUAGAAAACCCACUUUCCCCCCUCCCUCUUUCUCUCUCUCCCCCCCUCUCUCCUUGCCCUGCAAAUCAGAGGAAAGGGGCCAAAAUCUGGACUUAAUCCAAGCAUACUUCUCAUGAGUUACCCCUUGCAUUUCAGAUUGUGUAUGACAGGGGUAGGCAACCUAAGGCCCGGGGGCUGGAUCCGGCCCAAUCGCCUUCUCAGUCCGGCCCGUCGAUAGUCCGGGAAUCGGCGUGUUUUUACAUGAGUAGAAUGUGUGCUUUUAUUUAAAAUGCAUCUCUGGUUUAUUUGUGGGGCACAGGAAUUUGUUCAUUUUUCCGACCAAAAUAUAGUCUGGCCCACCACAUGGUCUGUGGACUGGCCCAUGGCUGAAAAAGGUUGCUGACCCCUUUUCCUUUUAAGCACCUGGUCCUUUUUAUCUCUCCCUUCCUCCCACCAGGACAGCCACUGUGUGGAAAACACUAUUUCCUUUCUGGGGCGAAGAAUACGAAGUCCACCUUCCCCCCACCUUCCACUGUGUGUCAUUCUAUGUCAUGGACGAAGAUGCACUCAGGUAUGACAUCACUUCCUGCGGAGAUGAGGCUCUUCCUCCUGGCUCUCCUUUUUAACGGCGCUGCAUCUACGCAGCAAGUUAUUGUGGACUCCAUGUGCACGCAAGCUUUGUGGAGCCUCCUCGCAACACCAUCCUCAUUGAAAUGCCACACAUACCCCUCAUUUUACUUGCAUUUACCCUUUUGGAAGAAAUUUCAAUACAUUCAAAAUAAAUAUAUGUGGAAGUGAUAAAUCUGGAAAACAUAGUGCCUUGCACCUUAAAAGCUGCAGUGAGAAACCUUUCUUAAGUUUUCUUUUCUGUAUAUAAAUAAAUGAAUAAAUGUGCUACUGCUAAGCUUGGGUCUGCUGACACCUCCCUGUUGUGUUUGGCUGGUGCCAUUUCUAAAAUAAUUAUUAUAUUUAUAUAUCACUAUUUAUUUAAAAUAAUCUUUUUUUAGAUAAUAUUUUUAUAAGUUUUCAAUUACAACAAUCAAAUAAUAGCCUCAUUAUAACAAUGCCAAAUUAUAAUACAAUUACUAAUCCCAAUCAUUUAGAUGCCAAAUUAUAUUAUUUAGGUGGCCUCCCAUGUGCUAGAAUUGAUGGUUUGAUGAUUUACCCAACACUUUAUUUAAAAUAAUAAUAAUCAGAGCGGUUUACAUCAAUUGUACAUAAAACCAUGCAAUAACGACCAUAUUUUUAAAAAAACCCAAAAAUAACUAUUGUGGAAAGAUGUAUUUUUAAUGGCCUGCAUAAGCCUGAUGGAAUAGAAAAGCUUUCAGCAUGUAUUUGAAAGUCGAAACAGAAGGUGCCUGCUGAAUCUGUAUUGGCAGAAUGUUCCACAUUACUGAGCGGAUAACAGUACAGCAUCCCUGAUAGAUGGGCCGGCUAGCCAGGCCUGGAUAUGUAUCUUUUGCUACCUGAGGUGAAGGACAAGAUUGUAGCCUCCCACCCGGUAACACAAGAUGGUAUCCCACCCCCUCCUGUACAGAAUCUGACCUGGUUGCCAAUUGAAACAUGAAUAUCACAAGAUCUCCCACUUUAUCUGCGGGGUUCAGGGGAAUGGCGGAUGGGCUGUUGCCACUCCCAGCAUCCGCUGCCUGAAGCAGGCACAUCACUCUCCCUAGGGCAAGGACCCGCCCCGCACUCACCCUUUCAGGAAUUAUGUGCAGGGAAGAAGAACCCUGACCCCAAAACAGCCUCUUCCACUGCCAAGAAGUUCUUUUACCAUUUGGAAAUAACAUUCUGGGGAAAGGUGUCUGUUCCUAGUGCUAAAAGGAAAAGGAGUAGCAUUGGGAGAGGGUUUCUCAGAUGGGUCUCCAGGAAAGGUUGUUGCAUCAAAUGUCUUUAGGUGAUACUGUGGGUUUCAGCGUGAGACAAUCUCACUCUCUUGCCUCCAGUCCAAUUUCAGUUCUAGUCCAGAUCAAUAAAACCUGAAUGCCCCAGACUUAUACUCUCUGGUUUCUUGGACAUCCCAUUUACCUUAGGUUUUUUGUUUUUGUUUUCCUUUCUCGUGCCAGCCGGGACGACGUCAUCGGGAAGGUCUGCAUCACCCAAAGCCUGUUGGCUGAGCACCCAAAAGGUGAGAUUAGUCCCUCUGUUGGGAGAGGUAAAUAAUUUUGAAUGAGUAAAUUGAACAAAUUUGGUGCACGGUCCCUGCACCAAAAAGUCAGUAUCUGCAGAUGAAGUCCUUCCCAAGUAACUAAAGCAGGUGAACCUCCCAUUUCUUUCUCAUUUUCUUUGCCUUUCCCCCUUAUUCUUAGUAAACAGGGAUGUUUGAUGGAUAACAAAUUUGGCAACAAAGUGUAACAUCACAUUCAUUUUUUUAAAACAGUGUUUCUGGCCAUACAAAGAGUGCCUUUAAACACAUGGGACCCGGUUACCUGAGCCUCAAGAUGCAUGUGAACUCUGCACAACCCAGUCUUGACUGUGCUGUGCAAACUCAUACUGUAACUGCUGCUCAUGAUCAGCUAUACAGCGAGGGGAGGGGAAUGUGCAAAUUAAAUGCAGAUAUGUAGAUAUUCCUGUUUUGCACAAUGUAUUCCAAACACAGCCUGCAGGAGUGAGGGGACCCCCUAACAGAAUCCUCUGCUAUUUAUCCAUGCAGAUUCCAGAUUCAGCUGCUUCUCCCUCCAAUUCAUAUAGGUCCCAUUUCUCUCUCUUUGUGUUAUCCUUGUGGGUCUGAACCCAGAACAGGUUUGAGGGCAGCAGUCAAGAACUGGAUCCCAGCUGGAUCUCCUGCUCCCACCCACUUCCAUUUCCUUAUCUGUCUACCUUCCUAGACAGGAGCAAAAGAGAGGACGUGAUCUGCUUGCUCAAGGAUCAGGGGAUGUCUUGGGCGGCAAGAGUGACUCAUCUUUGGGAUGGAGGCGGAGAGAGAGAUUGUGUCUGAGAAAAGAAUCUUCCUCUCUUGACCUUUGGGGUAGUUUCUGCCCAGUAACUUAGAUGCUUUCCCAAGAUUCAGAGGUGAUGGUUGCUUUCUUGGCUUUAGGCCUGGGUUCAGGGGUUUCCUGGAGAACAAAUCCCUGAGCUGACUGUGAAUAUUGCAAUGUUUUUAUGUGGUUUUGUGGAUCUGCUAUGCAGGUUAUUCAUCUCUCAAGAAGACAGCAAGCCCUCCAACAUCUCACAGAGCACACUUGUAACGCCACAGUUCUUUGUGAGUUGCUCCACUAUAGUUUAUUAUUAUUAUUUGUUGCAGGUAUUCAUAUACUGUUUUUCAUCAAAUGAGAUUGCAGAUACAUUUAUGAGAAAAUCAGACAACAGAAUUAAACAGUGCAGUAUAUCAGCCUUUGACAGCCUAGUUUCCUCUAGAGUCUAGAGCAGGGGUAGGCAACCUAAGGCCCGGGGGCCGGAUGUGGCCCAGUCGCCUUCUCAGUCCAGCCCACAGACAGUCUGGUAAUCAGUGUGUUUUUACAUGAGUAGAAUGUAUCCUUUUAUUUAAAAUGCAUCUCUGGGUUAUUUGUGGGGCCUUUCUAAAUAUAGUCUGGCCCACCACAUGGUCUGAGGGACGGUGGACCAGCCCACAGCAGAAAAAGGUUGCUGACCCCUGGUCUAGAGGUUUUAGAUUACAGGUCCCAUUUUUGUUUUUGUUUUUUCUCAUGACAUUUAGGUAAAAAAAUAGCAGAUAUUCUAUGCAUUGUGUUGCAGGCUGUCAAUGAAGAAUUGAAUCCAAUGCUUCUUUGAUGAAAAUAGGAACGUCUUAUUCCAUAAUCACCAUCAUUUUAUUUUUUAAACCCAAGCGAUCUGAUUGGGUUGCCUGUACCUGGAAUAUAGGGACAUUUGGAGGGUCUGUGAUGAACAGAACAGACCAAUAAAUUGGAGCAGGUGGUCCAUUCAUUUUGUGUGAAAUUCCCUCCCUCUUGCAUCACUGCAGCAGCUGCAUUCUGUUCGUUGACAACAUUGCAUGACUGACUCUUCCCUGUCUGCAGCUAAUGAGAGACUUCCUUUUUCUGCUGCAUUUCUAGGUCUGAACUUUAAAAUGCUGUGUCUCUGUGCUUUCGUUUUGGGGUUUUUUCACCAGCACUCCCCCCCCCCAAUGAAAACAUGCUCUUUACCGCUGAAUGGACCAAAUGGCAAUCCGUGAAAAAUCUGAAUUGAAGUUUAUUUUCCGACUUAGCGUUAAAAAGCGGGUUUUCUUGGGGAAAGUGCCAAAAGUGCCAAAAUAAAAUAAAAUAAAAGUGCUCAGGCACAGAGCUUUAAAAUGCCAACGUCUGCCUAGAAAGCGCAGGGCAAAAGGUAGGCGUGGAUGAUCCCACGCCUUUAGCCCAUAACUCUUUCCUGGCAUAAGGAAGACCCAGUAUGUUUACUGGCUUGUUCCAAUAAAUGGGAUGGAAAAGAUGAACAGGGUGACAACAGUGCCGGAUUUAUGUAUAAGCUAAGCAAGCUAUAGAUUAGGGCCCCACUCUCUUAGGGGCCCCAAAAAAAUUUAAAGGGGGAAAAAACUGGAUGUACAUUUCCAAAAUAUAAGAUAAAAAAAUAAAAUAAAACCUACAUACAGCAACAGUGUUUUGUGUUGUGUAGGCUGCUCCCUAAAAUAUCACUGGUUUGCUCAUUUCUGUAUAUAGGGUGCCUACAUUCUGCAUGGACUAGUUGCAUGGUGACAUGUGCAAAUGGCUUUAGAUACCUAUUAGGUCCAUAAAUUACCAAAUAGCGUAUAUUCAACACAAAAAACAGUGACAAUUUGUUGUUGACAAAGAACAGCUGGAUGUAUAAAGGCCCUGUUACCUUCAGUAGCUUAGGGCUGCCUCAAAUUUAAAUCCGGCCCUGGACUAGGUGGCAAGAGGACUAAGAGCUAAGGAAGACUCCAGAGUCAGAAUAAAAUGUCAAAGAAGUUUUUAACAGUCUCCAGCUGUGUGAACACUCCUGUUUAAUCCGCAUCCAGGAUGCUCCCACUGCUGGUUUGGGAAGCAGUGAACACACAAUGUUAGCCAAUAUCCAUAUCUCUCCUGUUGCUUCUUAGGAAAUAUAUAUAUUUAUUUUGGUCAAUAACUAGUAGAGUUCUUAGGAAAUAUUUUACACUGUAUUUUUGUGUUGUGAACUAACCUGAGAUCUAUGGAUGAAGGGCGGUAUACAGCAAUUUUUUUUUUUAAAAAAAAGUAGUAUAAACACCGACAACUGGGAAACACUGGCCUGCGAGCGCUCCAAUUGGAGAACAGCCUUUACCAAAGGUGUCAUGGACUUUGAAGACGCUUGAACUCAGGACAAAAGGGAGAAACGUGCUAAGAGGAAGGCAAGCUUGGCAAAACCUCACCAUGACCAACUCCUGCCUGGAAACCUAUGUCCCCACUGUGGAAGGAUGUGUGGAUCCAGAACUGGCCCCCACAGUCACUUACGGACUCACUGUUAAAACCAUGUUCAUGGAAGACAAUCUUACUUGACUACGAGUGAUCGCCAGAGAAGAAGAAGACAGAUUUUUAAAAGUAAAAAAUAAAAUUUGUGGUGCGGUUUUCAACAAAUCAGCUUCGACCGGAACUGAGAAAAAUAACAAUCUAUCUGUGCUUCUAGCUGGUAAUGCGCACUCAGCCUUCAUGACCCUUGUGGUCCUUUUCCAGCUCUAUGAUUCUGUGAUCUUCUUUGACCCUGUGCCAUCCCUGUGAGGGUAGGGCACGGUUGCCCCUGAGUUGAAAAUCUUGUGCUUCCUUCUCCCUGUCUCUGUUCUCAGGCUAUAAUGGCUGGCUGAACCUCACCGAAAUUGACCCAGACGAGGAAGUUCAAGGGGAAAUCCAUCUCCAGAUUGAGAUCGUUGACAGUGGUGCCGUGAGAAAGCUGCGCUGCACUGUGUUUGAUGCCAGGUAAGGCUGUUCUGUGCCAGAGAUGAGACUGCAGGACAAAGGUUUGCAACCUCCCCUCCCCUGUGACCUUAUGCCAUCCAGCCCUCCAUCUGAUUUUAACAUGCUUCCACAAGCUGUAAAGCCAGACCCUUUGGCUGGAGCAAUCUGUCCCUCUUCCCCCACAAAGAAUCCUCGGAACUGUAGCUUACCCCUCACAGAACUACAGUUUUCAGCAUCCUUUACAAACUACAAUUUCCAUUAUUCAUUCAUUCAUUUAUGCUUUUCAGUUUAAUCAUUUCACAAAUUUAACAAUCAUUUUGACAUUUCAAAACUUUACUUCCUUCCCCCUCUUUCUGCAGUUCCUUAAAUUUAUUUUUAAUAUUUUCUGCAUAUCCAAAUUAACUUAAUUUGCUCAUUUAUUCAUUUGCUUCAAAUAUAUACUCCUGUCAAACUGCAGGUUAUUACAAUAAUCCUGCUAAUGUUCUUAUCUGUUUACAAUUUACCUGUAAAUAUUCAAUAAACCAUUUCCAUUCUUUGAUAAAGUUUGUUAUCUUGGUUUCUUCUUCUCCUGGUAAGUUUCACCAUUUCUGCAUAUUCCAUAAGUUUUUGUAUCCAUUCUUCCUUUGCUGGGACUUCUGCUUAUUGCCAUUUUGGGGCGAAUAACAUUCUUGCCACUCUAGUCACAUACCCGAAUAAGUUUCUAUACAGUUUUGGUAGAUCUGCCCCUAUAAUUCCCAAAAGAAAAGCUUCUGGGUUGUUGUUUUUUUACAAAUGUUACAUUAAACAUCAUUUUCAAUUCCUUACAUAUCAGUGCAUUACAUACCCAGCCAGAUGGGUGGGGUGUAAGUAAUAAAUUAUUAUUAUUAAAUUAUUAUUUCCCAGUAAGCUUUAACCUUACUAUAAGGCCACUGCAUAUGAUAAAAAGAACCUUCUUUCUCUUUACAUCCCAGAGUUCCUUGUUGGAGCUCAUUUGCUUUGAAUGUGUGAUGUUUGCACAAUCUGAGUCAGGCCACCAGCCCUUGCAACUCAGUCGUGCCUACAGCAGCCUUCUUGGGUUUCUGUCCUGGCUCCCAGGUCUACUCAGAGAUGCUGAAGAUUGGACCUGGGGCCUUCUAGAUGCAGAGCAUGCACUCUGCCACUGAGCUGCUUUGUGUGGAGUCUGCCCCCCCCCCCCCCGGAGGAUCAAGCCAAGCCCUUUGCCAGGGAACAUUGUGAGCCCUCUCUAAUUGCAAGAGCCCUUAAUCAUGGGGGAUUGGCUGACUGAAGGAAUGAGCUGUGCCGUUCCUUUAAGAAGAACAGAAGGAACACAGGGCGGUGAUGCUGGGUCAGAUAGACAGCCCUUCCAGCUUAUUAAUAAAAAUUAUUAAUGAUUUCGGUGCAUAGCACUUGUGACAGUGCUUCCCAUAAAUUUUCUUGCUCUAGAGCUGGCACAGCACAGCAGCUAAGAGACUGAGCCGUCACGUGGAUUUUAUUUCAGUCAAUUUUUUGACUACAUUUUAUUUUAGUCAAAUUUUUGUUGGCAAUAUAUUUUAUAUUACAAACUUCCCAUAUAAUACAUAAUCAUUUUUUCUUUUAUCAACUUCCCAUCCCAUUUUCCGUGGUGUUUUUCCCCCAUUCUUCCCCUUUGCUGCACCCUAUCUUUCUUCUUUUAUAUCAUAACCACAAUACAAGAAUCUCUCAUUCUUUCUGUUGCUCGUUCGAAUCGUGCUCGCGAAUUCAUCAUACUAUAAUAUUUCUUCAAACAGUCUGAAAAAGGCUUGCAUUCCUCCUUAAAGCAAUCAUUGUUUUAGGUGUUAACUUUGCAGAUUCAGCCUAGUCCAUUGCUUAUCCAUUCUUCUUUGGUGGGAACAACUUCUUCUUUUCAUUUCUGUGCAUAAAGAAUCCUAGCUGCUGUAGUUGCAUACAUAAACAACCUAACCAUCUUUUUGGGGGACUUCCGUCCUUAUAAUCCCUAGAUACGUUAGUCGAUUUUUAAAAAGUCUAUAUCCCACCUUUGCUCAAAGGGGCUCAAGGCGUCGUGCGUGGCUCUCCCUCACAACAACCCUGUGGGGUAGGCUGGGCUGAGAGACUGUGAUUAAACCAAGGUUAUCCAGUGAGCAUCAUUACUGAGUAGGGAUUUGAAUUCUUCCAGGCAGCUUUUGGCAAACAAGCCUCUCUCCUCCUGGCCUCAGUCCCCUUCCCUGUUUGCAAAAUGGGGAAUAAUGCUGAUGUGCCUUACAGGGUUGUUUUUGCUUUUGUUUAAAUUUGCCUUCUGCCAAGUCAGACCUGUGGUUCUAGCUGAGACCCGUUUAGCUCAGAUUGUCCGUUCAUUGACUGCUAGCGGCUGUCCAGGAUCCCCAGCUGGGGAAUGAAUCGGGGAUCUUCUGCAUGCAAAGCUCUGCUGUAAUACAAAUGCCGAACCCAAUUUGACCAGGGUGCUCAUUUGCAUUAAAAAUCAGAGGGGGCGGGCAGGGAAAUCAACCAACAUAAUUGCAUAGCUGGUAUGAAACAGCGCAAGGAGGAUUCAUGGUUUUGUGGUGGGCACAGCAAAGAUGAGACGGAAGGCAGAGUUCAGGCUUACGAGGGUGUAGCAGGGAAUGCCUGAUCAUUGCUGCUGUGCAAGCGGAGGAUCUGGCGAUGUGAGUCAGAGAUGCGUUUCUAUAAAGCAAUAAACUUUCCCAAUUUUCCUUUCUUUACUGUCUUGCGGUAUCCACCAGUUCUCUGCUGGAAAUAAUCCUUUCAUUAAAAUGAAACUCUCAAACUCAGUGGGAGAAAAACAUUGGUCGUUCAAAAGGAAGCCUGUGCAAAGUGACGCUGUGUUUGAAUGUUGGGUCCCCGGAAGAGGGUGCAAAGCCAUAUGCUAAGGGCUAGUGGGGGUGUUGUUGUUUAGUCGUUUAGUCGUGUCUGACUCUUUGUGACCCCAUGGACCAGAGCACGGCAGGCACUCCUGUCUUCCACUGCCUCCCGCAGUUUGGUCAAACUCAUGCUGGUAGCUCCGAGAACACUGUCCAACCAUCUCGUACUCUGUCGUCCCCUUCUCCUUGUGCCCUCCAUCUUUCCCAACAUCAGGGUCUUUUCCAGGGAGUCUUCUCUUCUCAUGAGGUGGCCAAAGUAUUGGAGCCUCAGCUUCAGGAUUUGUCCUUCCAGUGAGCACUCAGGGCUGAUUUCCUUCAGAAUGGAUAGGUUGGAUCUUCUUGCAGUCCAUGGGACUGUCAAGAGUCUCCUCCAGCACCAUAAUUCAAUAGCAUCAAUUCUUCGGCGAUCAGCUUUCUUUAUGCUUCAGCUCUCACUUCCGUACAUCACUGCUGGGAAAGUGGGGGUGUUAAGGGAUGAUAAUACUACAGAAGGAUGUUAGAAAACAGCAACACAAGCCCUUUGACGGAAAGAGAAAACAAGGUGAGCAAUUUAGGGGAGCCAUGAUAGUGUGACGGAGAUUGUGACGCCAUGUGCCAUCCAAGAGACUUUUACUUUUUUGUUCGUUCUUUGUUUAUGUGCUUUCUUCUGAGCCUCAGAUCUAGAAGUGCCCAGAUUCGCUCAUUCUUCAGCUUGCUGUAUAGCCUUCACCGUUUCUCUUAUGUAAAGCUACGUAACUGAGGUUGCGAAUAAGGUUACGAGUAAUAGGCCAAACCAAGGCAUUUUGCAGAAGGAAAUCGCACCCCCACCCUCAAAUAAAGGCAGGCUGUGUACACACCAUAUAUUUAAAGCACAUUCCCCCCACCACUUCUGACAUGGGUUGCCCCAGACAUUUUAACCGAUUUUUGUAAAUUCUGCCUAGGAGCUAUUUCCGACAGAUGAAUCCUAGAUGUGUCCGGGAAAAUCCCAGACAUAUGGCAGCCCUGCUUAACGUGCCAGUUCUAAUCAAAUCCUAACAUUUAUUAAACCCCAAGCAUUUAGCACCCGCAGAUCUAUAAAAAUAUCCUCUCUCUUUCCUUCCUUCCUUCCUUCCUUCCUUCACAGAGAUUUGGCUCGGAAAGACAGAAAUGGAGCCUCUGAUCCCUUCGUCAGAGUCCGCUAUAAUGGCAAGACACAGGAAACUUUGGUGAGCUCCAGCUGUAAGGAGAACAAGGUAUUGGGGGGAGGGCGGGGAAGGGGAAGGGCUACAUAAGGCAUUUAAGGGCAGGUCCAUGCCAGGCACAGGAAGUAUGUUGCUCUCCCCCACAAAGAGCCAUGGGAACUGUAGUUUAAGGCCUUGUUGGGAAUGACAGCUCUGUAAGGGUGAAACUACUGUUCCUAGAGUGGGGAGCUGUGAGCUUUAAAUGUGUGGUCUGGAUCUGCGCUCUGGAGAGGCAGCCUGCCAAAUAUAUCCCACUCUCAUAUUUGUUUCCCCAGCCUUAAGUCCAGCUGGGCAGGGUACAAAUACAGUGGUACCUCUGGUUACGAACUUAUUUCGUUCCAGAGGUCCGUUCUUAACCUGAAACCAUUCUUAACCUAGGGUACCACUUUAGCUAAUGGGGCCUCCCGCUGCCGCCACUGCGCGAUUUCUGUUCUCAUCCUGAGGUAAAGUUCUUAACCCGAGGUACUACUUCCUGGUUAGCGGAGUCUGUAACCUGAAGUGUUUGUAACCCAAGGUGUUUGUAACCCGAGGUACCACUAUAAUAAAAUUAUUAUUAUGAUCUCUGUACAUUAAGUACUGUAUAAGCCUAGGCAAGUGGGGCCCAAAACAGCAGAAUGUCACAGUGUGAGGCGUUCUAGUUCAGGAUACUCCUUUUCAUUCCUCCUCCCAGCUGGCUUUCCAUUCCCUGUUCACUCGGUGUAUGAGUCCCCAUUUGACUGUUUUUCUUGUACCGCUUUUAUUAUCUCCCCCCUCCCUCCGCAAAAGAAAGAUAUUUGGUACUUUGGCAAAUUUGGGGAAUUGCUGGUCCCUCUCUUUGGCUACAUAAGGACCAGGGUAAUGGAUGUCGUUUUUAGCACACACAAAUGGAAACUCUGCCCCAAACAUUGCAGGUGUGGGUGUCUCAGGAAGAACCUUCAAAGCUCUUUUUUCCCCAAGAAGUCUAAAAUGAGGCUCCAGCUGGCACAAUAGGGGAGUGGUCAAGUGGGGGAGUGAACAGGCAUGUCUCUCUCCAAUCCUCUCUUUUCUAGCCACUUCAUUCCAUCCAGUGUUAUGAGUUUGGGCGGGUCAGUUUGCAUGACAUCCUUGGUUCCCCAGCAGGCUCUUCCUCCUCCUCCUCUUCCUCUUCCUCCUGUUUUCACCAGCAUCUUUUAAAGAAUUUGCUUUCGGGAGGAAGAAUUUGCUUCCAUUAUUGGCUUUGCCUGUCGUCCAGGUGAUCAAAAAAUCUUGCUACCCAAGGUGGAACGAGACCUUUGAGUUCGACCUGGACGAGUCGGCAGCGGAGAAGCUCUGCGUCAUCGAAGUCUGGGAUUGGGAUCUCGUCAGCAGGAACGAUUUUCUAGGGAAGGUAAGCAGCGGGGAAACAGGGCUUGGAAAAAGACAGACAUUUAAAUGUUCUCCUAGCAAGGGGGCAGUCCUGUUCAAAGGCCGAUCUCUUCGGUUUUCUGCCUUUGCGUUCUGUGUACUUUUUUAAAAAGGAAUCCCCACUUUAAGGAGGGUGGGGGAAUAAACAUUUUAAAAUUGAAUACGAUUGCAGCAAACAUACAGAUAUGGAAAAGGCUGGAGCCACGGGCAGAUGGAAAAGUCGCUCCUAAAUUUGGCAUGCCUCUUGUGCACUGCCCUGUGCAAUUGGAGGGCGGGUUAUAAAUGCUUCUCGUAUAUAAAAAUAAAUGGAAAAAGCUGCCACUCAGGGAAUGCGGCUCUCAACAGGGAAGAGCACUGUCCACUCACAACACUGAAUUUAUGGGGGUGCUCAGAAGUGUGGCUGAGCCGCCCCCGCCCAGUUUUUAGUAUAUAUUGUUAACCAAUAGGUUUUUCUCAUUCCCUGCUCCCAGGCCUGUACAGUGUUGUGGGUAGUCAGGUAGACUUAUCCCAGGCCUCAGAGGGCUAAGCCGGCUGGUGGGCCCUGCCCGGGCCCUGCCCUACCAGUUUAUAACUUUAUUCUAACAAAAUUCCUGCCCUGAGCCUCAGACAAGCUGUGCAUGGGCGUACCUGCUCCUAUCUGGUUAUGUUUUUUUGGAAAUGGGAGGUGCUGGGGGGGACAUGGGGAGGCCUUGCUUCAGAUGGGAGUAAGCACAACUCUCUCUUUUCCUUUCCUUUUGCAGGUAGUAUUCAAUGUCCAAAAGCUACAGGCGGUCCAACAAGAGGAAGGGUGGUUUAUGCUCCGACCGGACAAAUCAAAGCCAAGGCGGGACGAGUGAGUCUCUGUUUUUCAAAGGGGAGCUUCACUUGUUUGCCCCUAAGUCAACCUGUAUGGGAUUUUGCUGCUGCCACAGUCCUGCUAGAGUGUUUAAGGGAUGCGGGUGUCGCUGUGGUCUAAACCACAGAGCCUAGGACUUGCUGAUCAGAAGGUCGGCGGAUGGAAUCCCUGUGACGGAAUGAGCUCCCAUUGCUCUGUCCCAGCUCCUGCCAACCUAGCAGUUCAAAAGCACGCCAGGGCAAGUAGAUAAAUAGGUACUGCUGCAGCAGGAAGGUAAACGGCAUUUCCGUGUGCUCUGGUUUCCGUCACGGUGUUCCGUUGCGCCAGAAGCGGUUUAGUCAUGCUGGUCACAUGACCCGGAAAGCUGUCUGUGACAAACGCCAGCUCCCUCGGCUUGAAAGCGAGAUGAGCACCACAACCCCAUAGUCGCCUUUGACUGGACUUAACCAUCCAGGGGUCCUUUACCUUUUACCUUUACCUUUAGAGUGUUUGCCCUACUUAUCUUACUGGACUUGUUCCUGACGAAAUAGUUUCUCCUUGGAGCCAGGGGCAUAAAAUCUCUUCUGCCCAGGGGCGGCAGUAGACGUCAUUUAUUUAUUCCUUUCGUAAAAUUUACGUCCCGCUUGACUGUAUAGAAAAGCCUCAGAGUGGCCUAGCAUUACCCAGCCAUUGCUGUUCCACUAUAAAGCUGGAGAAUGAGAAGACUUGAGAGGGGAUACGAGAGCCAGGGUCAAAUAUAAGAUGGAGAAGCUUGUUUUCUCCCGCUCCCGAGGGCGGGACCCAAACCAAUGGAUUCAAAUGGUGAGAAAGAAGAGUUUGAGUAAACAUUAGGAAUAACCUUGUGGUUGUAAGAGCUGUGGCAACCGACUCCCCUUCGUUUGAGGUUUUUAAACCUGUCACCUGUCAUGGAUUCUUUAGCUUCCAUUCUUGCAUUGUGGGAGGUUGGACUUAGACGACCCUGGGAGUCCCUUCAAAACAGAACCUAAAGACUCCUACAUAAUCACAAGGACCUGUAGCUCAUGUCCUAACUGAGGAGGGCCGAGGAGCCUGUGGCUCUCCAGUCGUCCUUGCUGGCUGGGAGUGAUGGGAGCUGCAGCUGGGCAGCAUCUCUCCUGAAGGAUUCUGUGGUCCAUGGUGGGACCAUGUGGUUAGUUUGCAUCAAUCACAUUGCACCCUUUCCCCUUCCUUUCCAGGGGCAACCUGGGCUCCCUACACCUCCAGCUGCAGCUUCGGGAUGAGACGGUGCUUCCGUCCAUCCACUACCAGCCUCUUGUCCAGCUUCUGUGUCAGGAAGUUAAAGCAGGUGCCCAGGUGAGAUCCAUCGCUUUUAGUGGGCAGGCCCUUGAACUGGAGUGACCCAGGUUCUUCCCUUCACUCAGCUGUAAGGCUCGCUGGCUCGCCAGUCGUUCUCUCUUAGCUUAACCUACUUCGCAGGGUUGCUGUGAGUAUAGAAAUGUGUUUGGAACCCGUGCGUGCUGCCUUUAGCUUUUUGGGAGAAAGCUAGGAAAACAAUCUUGGAGAUGCACCUGUUUAGACAUGCAUUUACCUGAUCUCCAGGCCUGAACCUCCUGAUCUAAUUGCUUUAAUUGUUAAUGCUGUUUUAAUGGGCUUGUUUUAUUGUACAUCUUAAUUAUGCACGCUUGGAAUGCCUUGACAAAAUGAACUUAUUGUGCACUUUGAUUGCACAUGGAUAUAUUUUGUAACUCGGUUUUACAUGUUGGCAAGCAAGCAGAAUGUGUAUACAGUGGUACCUCGGGUUAAGUACUUAAUUCGUUCCGGAGGUCUGUUCUUAACCUGAAACUGUAUUUAACCUGAAGCACCACUUUAGCUAAUGGGGCCUCCCGCUGCUGCCGCACCGCUGGAGCACGAUUUCUGUUCUCAUCCUGAAGCAAAGUUCUUAACCCGAGGUACUAUUUCUGGGUUAGCGGCGUCUGUAACCUGAAGCCUAUGUAACUUGAAGCGUAUGUAAGCCAAGGUACUACUGUAUAAAUAAAAAACGCUGUUAAAGAAAUAUUUGAUGACGUUGAGAAUAGACCCCCUAAUUUUGUGCAUGCAAGUGGGGUGGGGGAACUCUCCAUCACGCUUUAAUCGAUUUUUUUCCCUCCUCCUGAGUUUCACAUGCGUUACAGCCUCCCUGGGGGGGGGUCUAUCUCCUCAGCUGCUCCCCUUCUUUUUUUCCUCAUGGCAGGACGGGAAAGUCCAUUUAAUAACCCUGAUUGAGGACACCACAACCGCCGAGUGCAGGCAGGAAGUUGCCGUCAACCUUGUCAAGCUCUUCGUGGGCCAAGGGUUGGCCAAAGAGUUCUUGGACCUCCUCUUCAAACUGGAACUGGAUAAAACUGGUAAGGAUCCCGGGUGCAUGACUGGGACAUGGGAGGCUACCAUGCUCUCUGUAGCUGGGGUACCAUUUUAUGUCACUAGAAUGGAGGAGGGAGUGCAAUGCAUGGGAGGGGGGCGAGGAAGUCCAGAUCUGCUCCAAAAAAUUGAUCAUUUGGAACCAGGGGCGUCUUACCCAUAGAGGCACCAGGGCGCCACGUUCUGGAGGGCAUCAGGGAAGACGCAGAGGCUGGAUGCGGCACCUCCUGGCAUCAGCUCGCUGCCCUCACCCGCCUCUGCCAUGCCACGCUGAAGCAGCGCCACGCCACGCCUGGAGCUUCUUCCUGCCGUGGCCACCACAGCACGAAGCGGCCAGCUGAGCCAGGAGCCGCCACAUCCAGCCUCCGCCUCCUCCCCACCAGAGGAGCUGUCCUCCAGCCGCUGCCCGCCUCCUCCAGCCCCGCAAAGCUGGGCGCAGUACCAUCCUCCCUUAAAAAGGUUGGCAACUAUGGGAAAGGGAUGGUGGUGCCAGAGGGAUCUUUGCACCACGGCACCAGAUAUGGUUAAGAUGGCCCUGGUUGGACCUGGGCAUGGGCAGUUCCUGUCCGCCUAUGGCAUUUCCAGACUGCUACCGUAAUUUGGGUGGGUUUCAGUCACAUGCUGGCAAAUCCAGGUUCCUAGAAUCAUAGAUGGGGCAGCUCAGUAGAAGACAGCUUCCUGUGUUCCUGUGUUGUGUUUCAGAUGAGCCAAACACUCUGUUUCGAAGCAACUCUCUGGCCUCUAAGUCAAUGGAGUCAUUUCUGAAGGUACUUGAUGGGUUUGUGGUUUGCUUGUGUGAAUCUUGAGUAUGUUUAUGUCUUUCUGUUUUUCCAUCCAUCUAUAUAUCUCCUGGGAUAGCUCAGUCAGAGCACGGGCCUCUCGAUCUUGGGGUCGUGGGUUCAAGCCCCACGUCGAGCAAAAGAUUCCUGCAUUUCAGGGGGGCUGGACUCUUGGUCUCUUCCGACUCUACGAUUUUAUGAUUCUAUUUUUUUUAUAAUUAAUAUUUAUUAAGUUUUCAAAGAAUAACAACAAAAAUUUCCAAAAAAAAAAUUUGAAGAUACAAAAAACAAAAAUAGUACAUAGACAAAAAAGAAAAAAAAAAAAACCCAGCCGCAAAGAAAAAAAAAGUGAAACAGAAAAACAAAAAUAUAAAGCCCUUUACAAUCUCUAUUGACUUCCUUUCUAGACUUCCUCCUCCUCCCCUCUUUUGUUUCUUAAUUUUUAAUUUUUACAGCAAAUCCUUUCUGUUUUUUCAUAACAAUCUGUCAUUACGUUUCCUUAUUCUAUUUUCCCUCUUGUCAUAUAAAAACUUUAAGACUCAUAGCUUAUAUUCAAUAUUUACCAAAUUCUUGCAUCAUUACCUUUUACUGAAUCAUUUACCAAUCCUUACUUAAGCCAUGUAAUUUCAUUCAACAUCCUUCAAACAUUUGUAAGCAUUCCCAAUAUUAAAAAUAAAAAGGAAAAAUAAUAAGUCAAAUUCAGUCCAGUCAGCUUCCAACCUUCCCUCCCCUGGACCCGGGAUUGUCAGUCCUUUUAACCUCGAUAAUCCGGCUCCUUAACCUGGUUGUCUCGUAUCCGAGGCCCUCAAGUCUCUUUCUUGCCCCUUUCGCCACUCUUGUUGAUGAUUCCUUUCCAGUCGUGGAUGCUCCAGCAAGAAAAUGCUUUUGACCCUUUGCAGCAAGUCCAUCCCAAACCCAUUGCCCAAGCCAGACAGCAAAUAAUACCACUUCAAAUUUCCACAAAGCUUGGAGACUUCGGCUACUCCAAUCAUCUGAUAGCCCAUCACCAGACUCGGAAGGUCCAAAUAACCAUAUGGAGGGGGGUCGAUCCAUCCCCCCCAUUUCCAAAUCUGACCACAUUUCAUCUUUCCGAAUCUGGUUUGUCCCAAGUUCAUUUAUCAAGUUCAAAGGCUGAUCUUGCCCAUCCAAAGGUCCCUCCAUCUCUGAAGCCUCCGUCACUACAGCAGGUUCAUAUGCUUGUAUAGCCUUUAACUGGAUUUCAUUUGUUUGCUGCUGUGCUCUGGUAACUUCCAUCAUCAAGGUCGUCUCCUGACGCAUCUGGUCCAGCUGGGCACUUAGUUUUGAAAAACCUUCCAGGAACAAUUGUUCAAGCCUUUGUACUAGCAUUGUCUUUCAAGGUCAAAGAAAAUUCUUUCCCACGACAAUAGUCCAAUAGUCCUUCUCUUUUAAUCUCUCUGCGUUGCAAUUUCACUAAAUUCCACUAGAUGGAAAUUUUUUUUUUAAAGGAAUAAAAGCAACAGCAACAAUCUUUCUUUUUCCAGAAACACUUUAUCCAAAAUUCCCCCUUCCAAAUUCAAGAGGCAACAGUAGAAUCAAAAUGUUACCUUCUUUUAACUAACUGUCGAGCUGGAUACACUCCAGAACGUCAAUUCUGACAGCCCGCUCCUGGUUCAGGGCGGUGGAAAAUUGCUUUAUUUUAAACUCACUUCCGCAGGAUUGAAAAGUCCAAAUACAACCCCCUUCUUCUCCUGCAGUCAAAGGGGGGGUUCAGAAAUCUUAGAUGUUGAAUUCUAGUUCUCUUAAAAUUUAAUUUUCAAGCUUUAGUAUAUUUUGUCUUUGCUUUCUUCACAUAACAAAAGAACGGAAGGCGACUUCCUGUUUAGACCUUCCCAUUCCGAGUCCCAAUUAAGUUCAAUUUCAAGUCCAAUAUUAUUUGUUUAUUCACCAGUCUUAAAAGUGGUUCAACUCUUCCAAGAUCAGGUACUCACGGAUAGAUAUUUUAGAUGCCAAAUUGUCCAGGAAAAGGCAGCGCUCUCCAAUAACGGCAGUGCGGCUUUGCUGCACGGAGGAAGCAGUCGACUCACAGCACCACGCACCUCCCACGCCGGAGCCCGUUACCGGGCUCCGGUACAAUGGGAGCGAGCGCUCUCGGUGCCCGCCGAGUCCCACGACCACAGGCUUCUUCCGCCUGUGGUUUUUGCGGGUCCCCGCUGCGCCGUAGCGGCAGGACCCAAGCCUCCGUGCAGCGGGUUCCCUUCAGUCCGAAGGGAAUUCCGCCAUUUUCCGGAGGCGCCACCCCGGAAGUACGAUUUUAUGAUUCUAUACUGCCGUCUGAUCGUUCAGUCCGCUGUCUCUCCUGUCCUGCCCCAAAAUCUUCCUAUCUGCAGGUGGCAGGCAUGCAAUACCUCCACAGAGUCCUUGGGCCGACAAUCAGCCGAGUGUUUGAAGAGAAGAGAUGCAUUGAGCUGGAUCCCAGCAAAGUGGAGAGCAAGGAUAUUGGGUAAGAGAGCCGGGAUCGGGGACCUUUCUCAGGCUGUACAUAUUGCUGUGAGUUUCGGGAGCGGUGGUUAGUAUGCAGGAUGCUUGGGUCCCUUCUAAUUUCUGGGGGUCCUGGAUUCAGUAGGGGUUAAAACUGAGUAGGUUGGUGAAGUAGGCAGAAAGGCCAGCUUCUUGCUGGAUGAGUUGAUAGCUCUCAAUAUUGUUGGUAGUAUAACAAAGGAAGCUGUGCCAGAAAGCAAACGGGUGGGCCCCUCCCGUGGGCCCCUUUCCCUCACCUGGCUGCUAGUGAGUGGGAAGAAUGGCUGAGCUGGGCUAGAAACAGGCAGAAGCAGAGAGUGAGAGUCGUGCUUGAUUUCUGCUUCAAUCCAAGGCUGUGAGCUAGACCUUCUGGGGUGUUGGUGUUGAUGUGAUCCCCUCUAUCAUAGGCUCAGGUUGUAGAUAUAUAUAUAAUGUGUAAAUAAACCCUUUAUCUUAAGGACACCCCGUCUCCCCUGUCCCUCAUUCCAAGGAAACCGAACCCGGGUAAGCACCCGGAACCACCGAAAUCUUGCACCACUCAGAAAUUUUCGUGGUGUGCAAUAAUAUGUGCAGACACACACACACAUACACACAUGAUAUACAUGUGUAUAUCACAACACUCCACUACAACUAGGAAAAUACAGCAAUGACUAGGAAAAUACAUUGUUCCAUUUCCAUAGAGCACAGUUAAAUUCUUAAAACGUGGUCACGUGUGUGGAGGCCCAAACUGUGGUCCCUUGCGGUUUACUCAUGUUUGCGAUUUACGCAAGAAACACCAGAUUUUAUUUGUAAAACCAGUUCAUACAUUUAUAUUCUGCCUUACCUCCUGGGAGCUCAAGGCAACGCAUGUGCUUCCCCUGCCUUCCGUUUAAUCCUCACAACAGCCUGCAGUGUACGUUAGGCUGAGAGAGACAGCGGCUGGCCCAAGGGUCACUCACGGCAGAGGGAGGGGAUUUGAACGCCUGCUCCCUGCAAGGUCCUGGACUAAACCACUCUGGCUUAUGCAGAUGGCAGCGAUGAUGCUGGAAAGGUGGCACAGUCUCAGGGGCGGGAAUCCAUUUAUUUCUUUUUCUUCCUCUCCCUGCGGCAGCUGCUCCAGCCUCCAUCGGAUCCAGAGCGAAAGCGACGUCAUCCAGCAGAGCGCUCAGCACCUUCGGUCCUAUCUUGGCGACCUGCUUGGCACCAUCGCCAAGUCCGCCAGGGCGUGUCCCGCCAUCAUCCGCGCCACUUUCCAGCUGCUCUUCAAGAGGGUUGGGGAGCAGUUCCCCGAAGAGAAGGACCAGGUCAGCACAAUGGGAUCCUUCUCCUCCUCCUCCUCGCCUCUGUCCUGGCCUGCUCUGACCACUGAACUGCACCGCUUCACCCACUGCGGACCUUGGGAGGGCUUUUCAUCAUGUUUCCUUGGCAGGCGCUUGAGCAGCACCAGCCGUUGCAGGGGGCAUCCAAGGCAGUGUGGUUGCCGAGAAUUGUCCCUUGAGGACUAGGAGCUUGGGCCUGGCCUGCAGGUGUUGACAGGUGGCUAGCACAGGCUCUUUCCCUCCCUUCCUCUCCCCCUUUCCCCAUCCCUUUUAGAUGUUGACAUCUGUGCUACCACUCCUUUUCCGCUUGCAGAACGUGAAGUUCAUCGCCAUCACCAGUUUCCUCUGCCUUCGUUUCUUCUCUCCGGCCAUCAUGUCCCCCAAAUUGUUCCACCUGCAGGAGAAGCACGCAGACGCCCGCACCAGCCGCACCCUCCUGCUCCUGGCCAAGGUAAGAGCCAGCCUGGACUUCCCCUCCUGGACAAGGAGAGCACCCUGCCUGUAAAUCCAGCCCCAGCAUCUGCACACAGAAAAUCCUGGCCCUGUAAUCAGUGCUGGCUGCCAUUUUAAUUCCCCACAAUGCCCCUGAUGUUAGCAUCACUGAGGAAUUGUGGGAAAUGGGAAUGGCAGCUCCUGGAGCCAGCCACCAUUUUAAUUUCACACAUAGCUCCCAUUUUAAUUUCACACAUUGCCCCUGGUGUUAGUUUCACACUGGGGAAUUGUGGGAAAUGAGAACAGCAACUCCUAGAGCCAGCCACCAUUUUAAUUUCCCACAAUGCCCCUGGAGUUAGCAUCACUCAGGGGAAUUCUGGGGAAUGGCAGCUCCUAGAGCCAGCCACCUGGUGCUAAUUGAAUGCCACUUCUGCUUCCCACAUUGACUGUGUCCAAGGUCUCCCAGAGAGCUUCAUAGAAUCUUAGAAUUGGAAGGGACCCCGAGGGUCAUCUAGUCCAAUCCCAUGCAAUGCAGGAAUCUCAACUAAAGUACCUGUCACAGAUGGCCAUCCAGCCUCUGCUUUAAAACCUGCAAGAAAGGAGAUUCCACCACCUCUUGUGAGAGUCUCUUCAACUGCUAAACAGCUCUUAACUGUCAGAAAGGUUUUCCUGAUGUUUAGUUCGAAUCUCCUUUCUUGUAACUUGAAGCCAUUGGUUCAGGUCCUACCUUCCGGAGCAGGAGGAAACAAGCUUGCUCCAUCUUCCAUGUUGACAGCCCUUGAGAUAUUUGAAGGUGGCUAUCAUAGCACCUCUCAGUCUCCUUUUUUUCCAAGCUAAACAUACCCAGCUCCCUUGACGGUUCCUCAUAAGGCUUGGAUUCCGGGCCCUUGCCCUCCUCUGCACACCUUCCAGCUUGUCAAGGUCCUUCUUAAAUGGUGGAGCCCAGAACUAGCUGUGCAGGACCUGAAUCACAGGUCUCCUCCAUCUCUUAGGCCCCAGUGUCCUCUCUGCCAUGCACUACACUAGCCUUUCACUUGAUUUGUGGAGGCCUGUCCUUGACUUGUGGUCACCUCUCUGAAUUCUUGCUUGCCAGGCUGUUCAGAACGUGGGGAACAUGGACGCCGGUGUCAGCCGCACCAAGGAACCCUGGAUGGCUCCACUGCAGCCCACCAUCCAACAGGGCGUCGCACAGAUGAAGCGGUUCCUCCUCCAAUUGAUUGACAUUGAGGAGAAAGAAGGUAGGUGACUGAGGGCAGCCCCAAGCGCUUGGGUCUGGUUCGUUCUGAUUGAAGGGAGGGAAGGUGCCUUGCAGGGCUACCAACCAAUCAUUUUCUUACUGGUGUGACCAAUGAACAGCGUUUUAUUUGAGGUGGCGGUUGGGGGGUAAGCUGAAAACCAGGAGUCAGGCACCCACACCGUAUAUGUAACCACAUUUAAAGUACGCUCCUUCCCACAAAGAAUCUUGGGAACUGUAGUUCACCCCUCACAAGGCUGCAGUUCCCAGCAAGAUAAACAAACUACAUUGCCCAGAAUUCUCUGAGGGGGGCAUAGUGUGUACACAGGCAAAGCAACUGGGCUGUGAACUAUGGCCCUCACCCCUGCCAGAUCCUAGGUGGCAAACCAUCCUUUCUCUUUCUCAGGGUGGAUCUACACACAAGGGAAAAUACACUAUAAAUAAGUCAGAAAUUAAAUAGUUAUAACAAAAGAAAAGAAAAACCCUAUGUAAAAACCGCACAGAAAAUUUGUUUGCUCUCUGGUGCCAUCUGGUGAUGCAUGUUUAUAACACACGCAAAGUGUUGUCUUUUGACUAAUGUAGCUGAGUCCUCAGUCUUCCUCGCUGCAAUAUGGGGCUAGAUAAUAAUGACCUACCUUACAGAGUAAGCUGUAUGUGACACACUUUGAUUGCUAGAUGGGUUUAUUUAAAAAAUAAAAUCCAGUCAGUUUUGUUCUGGUUUUGUACUGUCUUUGCAGAAUUGGACCCGCAGAAGUCCCCCUGCCUGCAGACCCAGGUUGUGAAAGAAGGGCCUCUGUUUAUCUAUAAGGCCAGAAGCAAAGGCCCUCUCCUCUCGUCCUCCUUUAAGAAGCUCUACUUCUCCCUAACCAGCGAAGCCCUCACCUGUGCCAAGACACCAAGCUGCAAGGUAAGGAGGCAGCAGGGAGGGCUGCUGCUGCUGUCAUGGCCACCUGGUGGACUUUCCAGAAGGUUCUAGAAAGCCACGGGCACAGAGUAUUGGAUUAGACUGGCUUUUGCCUGAUCCAACAGGGCUCCUCCGCCUGUGAUGUACUUAUGGAACUUGUCUUUUCAGAAAAGCUCCUUCAUCACGCCAGCCAGCAUCCGGGCAGCCGAAAAGGUGGAGGAGAAGAGCUUUGGCAACUCUCACGUCAUGCAGAUCAUCUACGCCAACGAGGCCGGACAGACGGACACGGCUUAUCUGCAGUGCAAGGUUGCUGUAGUUGGGGGUCCAGUUUAGGUGGUGAGGGAGAGCCUACGGUGGGUGAUGACAGUGGUUCCAGCAGCACCCCUUCUGCAAGCCUGUUGUUUUCUCCAGAGGCUUGGAAGUGGCACCUGGCUUGCUCCUUUUGUCCUGCUGCUUUUCAUUGGUCCAGAAGGUUUUGCAGCACUAACAAAAACAAACAAACCCCCAAACAAAAAAAAAGCCUUUCUUGGAAACAGGACCUGCAAUGCUUGCUUGACCCCGAGGGCAGAAAAUAUGAGCAUCUGACACACAAUUUUACUUGUGGCAUUUCAGCGUUGUGUGUGGCUGAAGGCCAGCCAGUUGAAAUCACACACAAAUUAAAUGCACGGAAGGUGGAGCACUUGAAAACAGAGUUUUCCUGGUGCACAGAAAGAGCUUUUACACUCUUUGCCUUGCGUACUGGGCUCUGGGAUGCUCUUGCAAGAUCUUGUGAGAACUUGGCGACUUGAUUGUUAGGGGGGGCAAGGCCCCCACUUGGCAUACUGCUCUGGAAAGAUGUGUAUUUGGGGGGCGAUUAGGGGACGCAGGUGGCACUGUGUGUUAAAAGACAGAGCCUAGGACUUGCCGAUCAGAAGGUCGGCGGUUCGAAUCCCCGCAACGGGGUGAGCGCCCAUUGCUCGGUCCCUGCUCCUGCCAACCUGGAAGUUCGAAAGCACGUCAAAUUGCAAGUAGAUAAAUAGGUACCGCUCCGGCGGGAAGGUAAACGGCAUUUCCGUGCGCUGCUCUGGUUCUCCAGAAGCGGCUUAGUCAUGCUGGCCACAUGACCCGGAAGCUGUACGCCAGCUCCCUCGGCCAAUAAAGCGAGAUGAGCGCUGCAACCCCAGAGUCGUCCGCGACUGGACCUAAUGUUCAGGGGUCCCUUUACCUUUACCUUUGAAGGGAGUGGUUCCAACAAAUUUUUGCAUUGAUGUGCCAUCCUCGUGUUGUGAGCUGCCUUUUUUUCUGUGAUGUAUCUGUGUUGCUUUUUGGGUGGUUUUUGGCUGAGGGGUUAGGCAAUUUCAAAAGUAUUUAAAGGUUCUUGCUGACUUUUGCUCCUUGCAAAGGUGGAGGGGGGAGGAAUCUGUUGCAGCAGGUGGAGGGAAUUAAGAUCUGCCUUGCUUUCACUGGAUUCUGCCUCAAUCCAUUCUUCUCUGACUGAUAAUGGAGUUAGGGAACACUUGAGUCCUUUGGGGAGUUUGAGCUGCAAAAGCGAAACCCCCAUUUUCCUGUAACAUCUGGAAUGUAACAAGCAAAACGCAGCUGUACUGUAUACUGAAGGGCUGUGCUGGAUCAAAUGCAUGGAUGAUAUAGUCCUGCCCUCUCUGUCUUUCGUGGCUUUUCAGUGUGUGAACGAGCUCAACCAGUGGCUGUCGGCCUUGCGGAAGGUUUGUGUGAACAACGCAGGGAUGCUGUGCUCCUACCACCCUGGCGUCUUCCGAGGAGACAAAUGGAGCUGCUGCCACCAAAAGGACAAAGGCGGUACUGUGCCCUUUAUUGGCCAAAGCUACCCCAGUGACAUAGAAUCAUAGAAUUGUGAAGGGUCAUCUAGUCCAACCCCCUGCAAUGCAGGGAUCUCAGCUAAAGCAUCCAUGACAGGUGGCCAUCCAGCCUUUGCUUAAAGACCUGUUCCGCUGUCAAAGGGCUCUUACUGUCAGAAAGUUCAGUAGGGUGGCAGUUGCCUUCAACCUUACUUUUAAAUAAUAAAAUAAAGCCUUUAUUUAGCAAAAUAUAAGCUGUGAAGGAGUGGGCAGAAUUACACCAAGUCAAUAAAAUAAAAUAAAAUAAAAUAAAAUAAAAUAAAAUAAAAUAAAAUAAAAGGAUUUCUGUGUUCUAGCCUUUGCCAACAUUUCCUGUGGUAGCAUGGAACUCCCUGCCACAAGAAAUCUACAUGUCGCUUUCUGUGGCCUUUUAGAUGUUCUUAGACUGCAACUCCCAUUAGCUUUGUCUGCUGACCGGGGAUGAUGGGAUUUGGAGUCCAGUAACUUUUGAAGGACCACAAAUGUUGUUGUUGUUCCAUUAUAUGCCACCUUUUCCCACCAAGAAGCUCAAGGUGGCAUCCAUGGUUCUCCCCCAACUCAUUUCAGUCCCUACAACAACCCUGUGUGGUAGGCUAGGCUGAGAGACUGUGACUGGCCCAAGGUCACCCAGUGAGCUUCAUGGCUGAGUUGAGAUUUGAACCCUGGUCUCUCCCAGGUACUAGUCCAGUACUCUAACCACCGUACACUGACUCUCAGUCAUCCCAGGCUUAGCUCUCACAGCAGCCUUCCUUUGACAUGAGUAUGCUCCCUCAAAACCUUGUUGAAUACACAUAGCAGGAACAAAAACCCUCCAGCCUUUCAUGAAAACUGGGCCUCCUUAAAGAAACCUCACUUUAAAACAACAACACUCCUUUGCCUGUUAGGACUGGGCUGUGACAAAACCAGGCAUGGAGUUACACUGCGGGAAUGGAAUGACCCCUUGGAUCCCGACUUAGAGGCUCAGUUGAUUUUCCGACACUUGCUUGGGGUGCGAGAAGCAAUGAAGUAAGUUGACUGGUCUUUCCUUCCUUCCUUCCUUCCUUCCUUCCUUCCUUCCUUCCUUCCUUACAAGGUAUGCUGAGUGGGUGGGUCUCACUUUUAAUUGUUUUAUGGGGUUUUUUUUAAAUGGUGUACUAUAUAAAUAACCAAGCCAUAGAACUCUCUGCUCAUUCUGUUGCUGAGGUAAUUCUAGGGUGCACUAACUCUGCCCUUUCAUUUCCUACUGUUCAAAGGGAAAAAUACUUGGAACUAUCAACUCUGGAGAAAAAUGAAAAUCUUCAUUUGACUCAGAAUGAAGGUAUGACUCAUCAGUACCGUUUUUUAAGUGUGGAGAGCGAAGUGGACUGAGGCUGGAUUGGUUCAUAGAGCCAUGGAGUUGGAAGGGACCCCAUGGGUCAUCUAGUCAAACCCCCUGCAAUGCAGGAAUCACGGCUGAAUAAUCUCUGACAGAUGGCCGUUGAACCUCUUUUAAAAUGGAGGUUCCAGUGGAGGAGAGUCCAUCGCCUUCCAAGGUUGUCUAUUCUUCUGUCAAGCAGCUCCUACCCUCAGAAAGUUCUCUCUAAUGUUUAGUUAGAAUCUCCUUUCAUAUCAUUGGAAGCCAUUGGUUUCCUCUCCACUGGAGCAGCAGAAAACAAGUUUUCUCCAUCUUCCCAGUGACAGCCCUUCAGAUAUUUGAAGAGGGCUCUCAUAUCACCUCUGUCUUCUCUUCUCCAAGCUAAAUAUACCCAACACCCCCCAACUGUUCCCCAUAAGGCUUGGUUUCCAGAUCCUUCAGGCUUUAUCAAUUCACUUUCUCAGGGGGAACAAAAGACUUUUCAGGCCAGCUUCUGCAAGGGAGGGAGAGUUGUCAGUUUGGCUGGGAUUAUAACACUGCAGAGCAGCAGACUAGAAAAGAGACCCCAGGGUAUAGGGAAGCUCAGAGGCAAGCAGCGUGAAGGCUUGACCCAAAAGUAAUGAAGUAGUACGGAAAGCACGGGGUUCUUUGGUUGACAAUUUUCAAUUUAAACAUAGGAACAUGUCUAAAUUGAAAGAUGUUCAAUAGAAAGUUCAGCAGUGGGAAAGCUUCCAUGCUGUAUCGGUAGCCUUCAGCCUUGGUUGCCUCUGCUCUUUUUAAAGAAUACUGAACACUUUGGGUUGAAUCCUGAAACAUGGAUGGCUCUCUCCAGCUUGUUGUUGUUGUUAAAAGGUACUUCUUGCAGCAUGACUAAGGAAAGGAGAUUCAUGCAUUCUUACUGAUUUAUUGACAAUCUACUCUGAAUGGACUACCUGCACAUAAUCCUGUUCUCUCUCUCUCUCUCUCUCUCUCUCCUGCUACAGACCCUGAAAAUGCCGAUGGACCUAGCCGGCUUUUCCAGGUGUUGCAAGAUCUUGAAGAAAUUCACAGUAAGGAGCUUUCCCGAUUGAGUGACUUGGCCAACCAGGACCGAAAUCAUCUUGUGGAACUGCAGACGUGACUGCAAGCUAGGCCCAUGUCUGCCUCCUUCGGGCAGUUCUGCUGCCAAACAUCUGGAACAGAGGGUGUUUCUCCUCUUUCUGUCUCUCUUUCUCUCUCUCUCUCUCUCUGGACUUGUGAUCAUCUGAUGAGAUGGAAAUGGGAUAGAGGGGGGCCCUGAUUCUCGUAACCUGCAUCACCUUUCCUUUUGGGAACGACUCUCCCUGCCAAGUCCUGUGAACUCUGAAGACAAAACUGAGAUCAAUCUAGGAGACCCAACACAAAAGCAUUCAUCUUCACCAAUCUAAAAAACAGCAACUAUAGGGUUGCCAUAUUUCAAAAAUUUUGGAGCUUUUUUAAAGGAAAACCCGCAAGAUAUUUUUUUUUAUGCCCUAAACAACUACUGUAGAAGUUCAGCCCCUAGCCUUAAUGGAACACCAAAGCUGGUUGUUUUAUUGCCUGCGAUUUUCAUCCAGAACUUUGCAUUCUUGAGAACGGCAGAUUUAACAGUUUGAAAAUAGUAAGAAAAAGUAGGUUUCUAGACCUCAUGACAGAGGUGCUUUUGAAAAUACAUACCAGUGGUCUACUGUGUUUGAGGGGGAAGCAGUGAGUGACCAGAAGUGAGGUCUUGGCGUUGUAGUGGAUAGCGCAGUCAAUAUGUUAGCCUAGUAUGUGGCAGCAUGCAAAAGGUAAAUUCCAUGCUAGGAAAGAAAUUGAAAACAGAACUGCCAGUUAUCCUGUUGCUGUUAAACAAAUCUAUGGUGCAACCACAUUUUGAGUGCUGUGUCGCCUCACCUGAAAAGGAUAUUGUAGAGUCGGAAAAGGUUCAGGAAAGGGAAAGCGAAAUGAUCAAGGGGAUUCCCUUUUUCGUUUCGAGGAAAGAAGAAGAAGAAGAAGAGUUUGGAUUUGAUAUCCCGCUUUAUCACUGCCCGAAGGAGUCUCAAAGUGGCUAACAUUCUCCUUUCCCUUCCUCCCCCACAACAAACACUCUGUGAGGUGAGUGGGGCUGAGAGACUUCAGAGAAGUGUGACUAGCCCAAGGUCACCCAGCAGCUGCAUGUGGAGGAGCGGAGACGCGAACCCAGUUCCCCAGAUUACGAGUCUACUGCUCUUAACCACUACACCACACUGGCUAGCAAGGCGAGCAAGAAGAGGGUCGCUUGAUGGAAGUAUAUAGAAUUCUGCUUGUCAAGCAGAAAUGGAUAGAGAAGUUUUUCUCCCUCUCUGUCAUUAGGCUAGAACUUGUAGACAUUCUGUGAGGCUGAAUGUUGGAAGGUUCAGAAUAAAAGAAAGGACUUCAUGUAGUAGCACAUAACUCAAUCCCUCCCACAGGAGGCAGUGAUGGCCACCAACAUGGAUGGCUUCAAAAGAGGUUUAGACAAAUUCAGGGAGGAGAGGACUAUCAAUGCUUACUAGCCAUGAUGGUUGUUUAUCAGCCUCCACUGACUGAGGCAGUUUUUUCUGGAGACCAGUUGCUGGAAGCCACAGGAAGGGCGAGAGCUCUUGCGCUUGGAUCCUGCUUCUGAGUUUCCCACAGGGAUCUAGUUGGUUGCUGUGAGAACAGGAUGCUGGGCUGUUCCAACAGGCUGUUCUUAGGUUCUUAUGUUGCUCUUUAUUUCGUCCUUUUGUGGCCUUUCCACAUGUACCCCUGGGCAGCUAGCAGUCUGAAUACUGGGGAAUGGGAGAGUCUGCCCUCUCAACUCCAUGGGAGUUCUUGCUGAUAUGAUGAGCAAUGGUUCUCCCAGAAAGGCCACAUUAUCUGGAAAAAAGGGUCCCCAGCUGGGAUUAAGGCCGGCCCUACCAUUGUCCAGGCCACUGCAGAUAACAGAUUGGAAUUAAAAGAGCUGUUGAGAAAGAGAGAGAACUGCAGCCUUGGCUUACAAGCUUAGAUGGCUUUAAAAGAGGCUUUGAGAAGUCCAUGGAGGAGAGGUCUACUAGCCAUGCUUAAAAGCAGUGUACCUCCCAAUGCCAGAUGUUGGUGACCUUGGACCAUAGAAAAGGGUUGUUGGCCUCAUGUCCUGUUUGUGGACUUCCUUGUUGGCCACUCUAGGGAAAUAGGGUGCUGCACCUGGUCUGAUCUAGCAGGACUUUCAUGACUUGAUUUGUAGUCUAUGGUUACUAUAAUAGGAGCAGAGGGGGAAACGGUGCCAUUUGAGUCUUCUGCCUCAACCCUGCAAAUACCUCUGAGCUAGACCAGGUGGGCUAUAUAUAUUUCCAAGCUCAGCAGUAGCUCUAAGCACGGGAGGAAUUUUUAAAUUAUAAAAUUUGCAUGCAAUAAAACAAAUGAGUAUAUGCCAUUGCAUGGGGAAAAAUAGUUGAAUGGAGGGUGUUGUUGGACUCCAACUCCCAUCAUCCUUGACCAUCAUCUGGGCCUGAUGGGAACUGGAGUCCAACAAUAUCCUGAAGGCCACUUAUUCUCUAUCCCUCGAAUGGCUGUUUGAUCUGUCUGGACAGCUGCCCUUCCAAGCCAGCAGCCACUCUUGAUGUAGAAUAAAGUCUCUUUUAUCACACCCUCCCAUCUUGUUUGCGACUAUCUGGCUAGCUACCACAUGGUUUGCCCUUUGUUGCUUUUCAGCAUCAACGCUUGCCUUUUGGAACUUACAG